CCCUGCAGCCUCCGUCGCAGCUGCAGCUCCGCUCUCUUCGACCAGCGACUUCAACCGGAACACGUGACUGCCGCGCGUGUAUACACGCGAAAGCGCGCCACAGUUUUUUCACUCCCCGAAUCGAGCGAAGGAAUCGCAUUUCCGCCUCCGUUUUUUCGAUCGAGGGUUGGCAACCACGUGCACCUGCACCCGGGACACAACAGCUGCUAGCGCGUUUGGCCGACUUACCACUUGCCUUGUAAAGACCUUGUCCGUGAGUCAACGACUGUGCAUCGCCGUCGAUCUUCGAAAAUUGGAAAUAUUCGUUAUUAUCAUCGGGGAGCGAUGUUUGUUGCAUCGGGUUUGAAGGCGUUAAAUUUCCAAGUUCGAAGGAUGGAUGAAAUAAUUUCGAGAUGUUUGUGAGUGAGUUUUUGAAUUUUGAAAGGUGAAGGAUAAAAGUGGAGUGCAAAAGUGAAGGAUCGCGGUUUCGUAAGGUGAUACGACGUGGCCGGUUUUGAAAUGGUUUCGUUUGUCGUUUGACAAACGUUUGUCGUUUCUCAUCGGUGGUUUAACUAACCCGCGCUUUAUCGUUUAGUUUUGUCACUGAUAUUUCUCGCAUUUCACAAUUUCACAAAUUGGGACCCGAUUUCAAUUUAUUUGCUCGCUCUCUUUUCUUUCUUUCUUUCUUUUUUUUUUUUUCAAUUGAAGAUUCGAUCCGAUAUAUAAACUGCUAAUAUGUAAGUCUGAGGAGGAUCUGUUGGUCAAGGUUUUGGAGGGAAGGAGAAUCACGAACCACGUUCCAACUUUCACUGUGCUCUAUGCUUCUUCGAGCAUGCAAAUUACUCGAGACGCACUAUUCGAAACGCACUAUUAAUCCGAGGGUGGAGGGGAGGGUGGAGGAGGGGAGCAACAAAAUGUCUCCCCGACAGGCGAGAUAAAUCAGGAUCGUGUUACUGUGAACGUGCCGCGGUAUGCAAAACCACGAGGUGCUGCCUUUUUUUUUUUUUUACGCAGUCAACGAACCUGAUCGCGCGUAACACAAUUCUGCCGAUCGUUUGUGAAAUCGAUCGUUCACCCGGCCGAUACAUCUCGCGUUACGUGUUACACGAUGCUCUACUUUCCAUAAAUCACGAGAAUCAAUUGUUACACUCGUGUUUAUCUUCAAUAGAAAAAAAAACUAUUCGUCUCGUUCGAUCCAUUUUAUCCAGUCGAGUUAUUUUCUCCAUGGAAUUUGUUGGAAUGCAAAUUAAUGGAAUUUAAUUAAUUUAUUGAAAAUUAAUUGGACGAUAUAUAUUUUUCGUGAGGAAACAUAAGGAUGUUUGAUAUCGUAUCAAAUAUGAUGCAAUAAAAAGUAUAUAUUGAACGACGUUAAUUUAGUUUUCGUGAAUUAAAAAGAUAUCCUUGAUAUCACUUUUAUUUUAAUAUUUUUGGGCCUCUUGUAUAAUCGUUGGGACGAGAUAUUAUUUCCUCGAUGUAAAUUUAAUUAAUCGAAAAUUGAACGAUGAAGUAAGAGAUUCAGCCAUGCCCACGAAGAAUCUGGAGGUAGUGGAUAUUUUGGAAGCCCUCGAAUCGAAGCUCGCGUACAUUCCAGGAGGACGUGAUCGGGAAGGAAGACCUUUGAUGGUGGUCAAUGUUCCCUCAGAACUUCAACCGACCACGAAGCCAAGGUUGGAAGUAUUGAUCGCUUAUUUUUUGUCCAUUUUUAGCGAGGAGACGAAGAAGAAUGGAUUGGUCUUGAUAGUGGACGCGAGAAAGGGUGCAUGGAGGGUGGCAAGGUCUUGCAUCAGGUUGUCUACUGUACUUCUGGGAGCUUCUGCAGCAUCCGUCAUUGUAGUGCGCCCUGAUGGCUUCUGGGACAAGAGGGUGGAUAGCUGCACGAAAUCGCACAAGGAAGGAGAGCCGACGUACCUCACCCUGACGAGACUCCAGCUCCACGUCGACUUUGCACAGCUGCCGUACGAGCUGGGUGGCAACAAACUUUACGAUCACGUGGAUUGGAUCCAGAAGCGCGUGAAAGUGGAGGAUUAUACCAAGGAUGCAUCGGAUCUCAUCACUAAAAUGGCAGAUCUGCACCGAAGAUUGAUCAGUUUGGAUGGAUUUCGAAUGUCAGAAUCGGACGACGAUUUGGAAUCUUAUUGGGGGAUGAGCAACGAAUUAACAGCUCAUGCACGACACAUUCUUCAAUCAGGAAGAAAUUUAGUCGGUUCGAUGGCCAGAGAAUCUUCGAAAGAUACAUUGGACAGUACAAAAAGAAUUCACGAGCUUAUCGACUCCGUCGAACUGAAGAAGUUGGAUAUCGAAAAUUCUUGGUCAGAAAUGGAGAAGAAUUUGGAUACGGCCAGGGUGAUCGGUGAUCUCGAGAAAGGUGUGUCACGUGUUACAGAUUGGAUCUUGGGACCAGCUGACGCCAUGUUGAACUCUUGUUGCCAGGUUGGAUUUGACGUUUCUUCCUCGGAAGAACUUCGCAGACGUCACGAGGAACUCGAAUUAGAAUGCAGGGAAACUUAUGGACGAUACGCGGAAUUGCUUCACAAGAUUGACAGUUUACCAAGCACGCGUUUAUCCGAGGAUUUGAAAUCUCAGAGGGAUUUUAUGGAUUUCGUGUGCAGAAGUUUUGCAAAUAGACUCGAGAGACGGCGAAACGUGUUAAUCACUUCGCAAAGAUUUUUCAGACUAGUUUCCGAGUACUUUGACCAAACGAGCGAGGUCUUCGAUAAAUUAGUGAUGGGCAAUAGAACUCACGAUUUUUCACAAGCUGGAGCCAAUCUUUUGAAGUUGCAACAAAGCCAAGGAAUCUUGGAAUCUUUGGAACGCGAGUUGGUAAAGGAAGGUGAAAAAUUAUCGGACAUUUUGUCGAUGCCAGUGAAGGACGCGCUUGGACGCGAUGUGCAUGUUGACUAUGGCGAAGAUAUAGUCAAUGUCAGAGAUAUUUUAGAUGCGACGAACGCCAGGAAGAAUAUUUUCAAUGACAGCGUCGAGCUGCAGAAACUCUCCCUAAAGCAGACAGCAUUGAUAUACAUUUACGAAAACGAUGGCGAACAGGCUGUGAAAUGGUUGAACGAUUUGUACAAUGUUUUAUUGAAAAAUCAUAUGGAGAUUGGAUGCAACGCGAUCGAGAUACAGUCCCAGAAAGAGGAGCAUCAAUCGUUUCAAGAAACUGCUAAGGGAACGUACGACUAUGGUUGUCAAUUGGUGAAUGGUGCACGAGUGUUGAGAUUAUCGUGCAGACUGCCGUUGGAAAGUAACGCGAGUCUGUUCUCAAGGCUGAGACAAGCUUGGAAACGGCUUCGAUCCGUUGGCCAGGAACAAUUAACGAGACUGAGAGUGUGCGCCGUUUUCCACAGAAGCGUCGAAGAUCAUUGUUCCAAGCUGCACGACUUGAUAGAGACCGUGGUAUCUCUGCGUCGCUCGUUGAGACUCGAGGAUCUAGCAGCGGAGGCGCGAGCCAAGGCCGAAAUAAGGAACAUCCUGGGCAAUCGCGAAAAGCUCCUCCUCGAAGUCGGUCGAAUGGUGAGGCUUGGUCGUCUGUUGAGGACACGCCUGAAGGAGCCACUAUGUCAUCAACGAAUGUCCGAAGCCGAGGAUGCCUCCUCGGGCAAAGGCAGUAACCUGACAGCGGUGGAGGCGAUCUCGGCGAGAUUGGCGGAAGUGACUCGUCUCGCCGAGAAGUUGGACGCGAAACUUUGCGAGGCUGGUGCCAGGACUCGUCCAGUCCCAAUGUCGUCGUCCGCCGUCUCCUCCACCCCCUCCCCUCUCUCGUCCUCGAACACACCCCCCACUUCCGCUUCGAGUCAAAUCCACACGGUUUCCGCUGUCACAACUUCGUCGAUCGGGAUCACCGCACCGUUGAUCACCUCCUCGACGGUGCAACUUCAGCCCAAAUGUGUGUCCACGAUACUGUCCUCGGCGACGAGCAACGAGAACGUUGGCACGACGACCAAAGAUUCGGCGCAGAGUGUGAAUGGCACGGGUGUUGGUGGUGAAAAGGUGGAGAGCAAGGUAGAGGAUGAGGGGAAGGAUGGAACAGGGGAGGAGAGUAGGCAGGAUGAUUUGGGUGGGAUGAAUGAUGAGAAGUUGAAGGAAGAGGACGUGAUCGAAAAGUCAUUCGACGAUAAUCUAGCCGAAGAUUCGAACAUGGAUGAAUAUGUAACUGCGACUGAAUGUUCAAUCACUCCGACAGUUCGUUCGAGGAGUGAAUCUUUCGUUACGUCUCCAGAAUGGGAAGAUCUUGCUGCUCCAACAUCCAUGACACAUUGCGAUACUGGGUGGAACAUCGAAGAAACUAAACUUAAACGGACGGAAACUUCGGAAACAGAGAAAAUCGAGGCUUCUAUGGAUAUUCCAAAACCGGAAGUCGAGGGGACAGAGAACGAGGGAAGGCAGAGUGAAAAGCUCGUGUCGAUGGAAAAAAGAGUCGAAGAGAAAUCCGGGAAGAUAGUGAAAGAAGUUACGGAAACGACGACUUUACGAGUGUCUCACGAUACUCGUUUAGAUAUUGCGUCUUACAAGGUGAUAUCCAACACCACGCAAGAUCAUCGAGAAAACGUAGAUGUUAAGGAAAUCAACGAUCUCGAACGCAUCGUGUUGCCGGAUGUCCACGAGAAAACGAAUGGAUCGCACUACGAGAUGGAUUCCGUUAGUAAAUCGGAGUCGUACAGUCGCAGAGACGAAUUAUCCACGAAAACAGACGACACCGAACGCGUGGUAAAAUUCGCGAAGAUCUGCGAAAUAAAUCAAGAAUCACGCACGAUCCCUGUCGACACAUCGGCGAAGGAUAUCGCUCUAUCCUUGAAGGAGUACAGACGACGUCACGAGGACAGUGGGAUCGAGAUGUCGCCGACGAAGAAAGACGAAAACCUCGAGGGCCAAGAUUUCCUCGAAGCGGCGAGGAAGAGAAGAGUUGCGAGAAUGGUAGACGGGCACGACUCGAUGGAAACGGCGGAGAAUAGCGAGGGUCCUCGUGAGAAGGAAUCACGAACAAUGGUGGAGAGCAACGAGGAUGGAACUCAACAAACCACCAGCCCGACCACCACCAUAAGCACCAUAGCAGUGCAGAGCGGUGAAACGCGUCUGGUGAUCGCUCUACUUCAAAGCGGAGAAUGGCUGAGAUUGAAGGUCCUGGAGGUUCAACCAGAACUAACGAAGCUCGGUGCCACGGUGGAGGAAGCCACCGAGCUCUCGAAUGCGCACGACGAAGUUCUGCUUCGAUUGCAGAGCAAACAGAGCCCGGUGGAGGAAUUGCUCCGGCAGGCUGAUCAGUUGAUCUCGAACCAAAGGCCAAGAGCGGAAGUGUACGCCGCGAUGGCGGAAACGUUGGGCCAAGCUUGGCGCGAUGUGAACGAGCUUUUGGAACGUCGAAAACAAAUCCUCGAUUCGAACGUAUUAUUCCAAUGUCGAGCGGAGGAGUGUCGAGAGAGCAUGAGAGCAUUGGAGAUGGCUUGUAACGACACGUUGCUGCCGAUCGAGAUCGAGGCGGUGAAGAAUUUCUUGUCGAAAAUCCACGAUCUUCGAAAGAACAUGCUCGAGGCGUUGAUGGGCGCGUUGCAAGAGGGAAAGAAUUUAUUGGACCGGCUGAAGGAGAUAGCGAACGAAGGCACGUUGGACUCCAGGCCUGAGAGAAUUAAACUCGAAGCUGAUCACGCCGUGUUGAAGGUUGAGAAAUGGUUGGAAGAGCUCCACGAUAGGAGACGGUUGAUCGAGGCAUCGUUCCGCAGUAGAAAGACACAAUUGGAGCAAUGUCUGGCUUUAGCUCUGCUAGCGACCGAUCUACGCGAUCUCGAAGAGAUCUUGAACGAUAGAAUCGCUGCUUUGUCGAGCAGCUGCGAUCAGCUAGGAGAUUCCGCGUCGAGCGCGGAAUUGCUCCUAUUCGAAUUGAAAAAAUUACAGGCUGAGGCUAAGGAAUUUCAAGACAGAUCGAUCAAAAUAACGAAAUCGACCGAACGAUUAGUGUCAUCGGGACACUUUGCCGGUGAACAGGCGACAGAACAAGCUUAUGCGAUCCUUGGCGCCGCGGCUGAUUAUGUCAAUGAUUUAGAUCAGUAUGAGUCGUUGUUGAAUAGAGCGGUGGCCUUCUUUGAUUCGGCAAGAUCGGCAAUCACGAAGCUAGAUCAAUUGGAGAUUCAACUGGUGACCACAGAGCAUCCCCCGUAUUCGACGAGAUUAGCUCGUUUCCAUGCCCAGACCGUCGCCACCAUCGAAGACGUUACAGCGAAACCUCUGGUGGAAGGAUACGCCCUCUUGGACAUCACAGGAAGAGGAGCGCCUGGGGCUGAGGGUGUGAAACGGGCGGUGGAGGAGUUGGAGAACCGGAAGAUCCGGUUGAUAGAACGGUGCACGGCCCACGAGAAGGAGAAUCUCGAGAUAUCGAGGAUCAUAAACACGUUCCUGGACAAGCACGACGAGCUGAGAAAGUGGUUAAUGAGCAUACCCGAAGCGUUUCUUCAGGGUCACCAAGACAUGGGCAGCGAUGUCACAAUGGCGGAGGAUUUCUGCAGGCUUCAUCGCCAGCUGUUGACCGAUCUCGAGCAGAGAACCGACGAGGUCGAGCACCUCGAGUUCGAAAUUCUUCCAAUCAGGGAACGGCUCGACGAAUCGCAGAAGUUGGAAUUGCAAUCGAAGGUCGAGGAGUUGAGGAACUCCUGGUCGAAGACUAAGGAUUUGGUGGCGGGAAGAAUCGAUUUAGGAUCCCUUUAUCUUCAAUUCCACUUGGUGGUCGAGGAGUUGACGAAGGAGAUAGAGUCCAUCGAAGCCGAGUUGAAGAGGCACGUUGACGUUUUAGAUGAAGGAAGGAUCGAACUGAUUGGAAGACGUUGGAAGGAUCUUCAACCACUUUACGUGAAAUUAACUGGCACAGGGAAGGCGUUCUUGGAUGCUGCUGUUAAGAUCGACGAUCCCUAUUUGGAUGUGCCGAGGGCCUGCAUAUGCGUUCAAAUGCUUUUAGAAAAGUUUGCCAAUAAACAGUUGACAGUGACGGAAUCGUGGGAGAAAUGGCGAACCACGAUCGAGAUUUUGAGGGAGAAACGGAUCGAGCAUGAACGAAAAAUAGAAGAAAGCACAAGGACGAUGGAAUGGGUGUCUAAAUUCAGCGAACAAUUGUAUCCAGUGAUCACGUCUGUUUCUCAUCAGACAGAGAACAUUCUUCAAGAUUUGGUAGGAUCCAAAGAUCGUAUCCUCCCUGAGUUGAACAAAGCUGUGGACGAGUUGGAUUCAAGGAUCAAAGGACUCAAUGCUUUGGCACAAAAAGGCGAAGUGCAAAUUGAGGAUGAAAUCUUGAAGAGACUUCGUCAGAUGCACGAGAAUCUUCGCACGACCGCGAGGGAUUACGAAAAUCUCCUCGAAUCGUUGAUCUCUAUCUUCAAGAAUAUCGAAGAGGUCGAGCACAAAAUCGAGCAGCUGAAGAAUCAAGUAUCUCGUGUAACGUCCCUGAGAAAAUUAUCCGAAGUGGAAGCUCUAUUCAACGAGCUCGACGCGAUGAGAUGGUCAAUCUCUGAGAGGCAGAGCCAGAUCGGAUCCAAGGUGCGAGAAACGAUGGUUAAAAUCGAGCGGCAGGAACCACCAGAGGCUGGUGUUCACGACAUCGAGAAAUUGAGACGCGCCUUGGAGUCGUUGUCCACAGAUUUCGAAGUGUUUUGGUCACAGACGACUACUAAAAUCGAAGAGUAUCGGCGAACCUGUACCUUCGCCGAGGAUUUAGAGAGGAUCGACAAUGAGCUGCUAGAUUUGAACGAACAUUUGAAAAAGGUGGAUACGAAGAUCGGUGAGAAUCUUCAGACGGCGAGGGCGACCGCUUCUUCGUUCGUGCAGUUCGAGAAAACUGUCACGAUUUUGGAAGAGAGGAUCGAGACUUUUGUGAGAACAACAGAAGAGUCGAUCAAUGUUUUGACGCCUCAAAUCAUCAAGGAUAUUUCCUCGUUGAGAGAAAGAUGGAGAAAUUUGAAGAGGAAGAUCGAAGAAACGAAGAAACGAACGAAUUUGGCCAUAGAGUAUUUUCUGCUCCUAGAGGAAGCCAAGGAAUGGAAUAGGGAGGGUAGUAAAUUGUUGGUAGUGAUAGCGAGGAAGGCAACCACGGUAAAAACACCUAAAGACGCGAUGGUGUUGCUUCAAGAAAUUGAGAGUUAUCUGAAGCCAGGUGAAGAGAUGCAGGAAAAGAGAAUCGAAAAAUUAAAAGAAUUGUCGACAAUUGUUUUCGACACGGAUAGAUUACCACAGUUCAAUGAAGUCGUCGUCGAGAAUCGGCAGAUGUUGGAUUCCUUCGCCGUCAUUUCAUCCGAGCUUCGAACGCUGGCCCAAAAUUUGAAAAAUGCCGAAGAUUUACAAGAGAAAUUAAGAAUAGAAAAACGGGAAGCGGAUGAAAAAUUACAAGCCGCAAAAAUGGAAAUGGCUGCCGCGGAGGCAGCGAGAGAAGAAGCGGAGAAUGCGAAGAAAAUUGCCGAGAAAUUAGCAGCUGAAACAUUGGAAAAAGCAACAAUAGAAGCGAAAAGAUUGAAGGAAGAGAGGAAGAUUCAAAAAGUUUCUGCUCCUCCAUCGUUUUCGGUGUCGGCACAAACGGAAAAGAUCGAAACCGAUGAAAGUUACGUCAAAGAAAUGAUCACUUCCGCCACCAUCAAAAAAGAGAUACACAUCUUACAAAAGACGGAAAUUGAGAAAAGAGUACCGUCUCGCGAACCAAGCCCACAAAAGAAAAUCAUCACCGAAGAAACUCGCGAAAAAUCAGUUGAAAGAAUGCACAAGGAAAAUGUUCCACCAUUGGCACCAGAGUUUACGAUUCCUUUACAUGACGCCACCGUUCAGGAAGGAGAGAAAUUCACCUUCCAGUGCAAUCUCAUUGGCCAACCAACACCGGAAGUAAUAUGGUACAAGGAUGGAAUCUCGAUUUUGAAUAAUCCUGAUUACUUGACCACUUACAUUCAUGGAAUUUGCACAUUGACUAUCGAAGAAACUUUUGCCGAAGAUUCUGCGAAAUAUACUUGCAAAGCCUUCAAUAUAGCUGGAUCAGCGGAAACUUCCGCCACAUUGACUGUCAAAGAAACUGCACCGGAAGAGCAACCGAGUCCUCCAGUUUUCGUGAAAGAAUUGAUGGCCUCAGUGGCUUUAGAAAAUUCUUCUCAUCGAUUGGACUGCAUCGUCGAAGGUAAUCCACUGCCAACUGUCCAAUGGUUCAAGAACGACGUGAACAUCGAUAAUUCUCCCGAUUACGUUAUCACUUACAAUAAUGGCGAGGCUGUGUUAAAAUUCGAGGAAGUUUUCUUAGAAGACAAAGCUACUUACACUUGCAAGGCCACGAAUAGAUUGGGCCAAGCCUCCACUUCCGCUUUUCUCGACGUUGAACCUGCGGAAUUCACUUCGGAGAAACCAUAUUUUGUCACACCUCUUUCGAAUGCCAUGGGAAGAGCAGGUCAAAGGGUGAAACUCGAAUGCGAAGCAAAAGGGAAUCCUAUGCCCGCUUUAACUUGGUAUCACGAUGGAAGACCUGUUGAAGAAAGUAUGAAUUUGAAGAUACAAAUGGACGGUGGACGGACCAGUUUGGUCAUCUCGGAGGCGUUCGCCAAGGAUGCCGGAUGUUACACGGUCGUCGCCAAGAACGAAGCGGGUGAGGCCACGGUUUCUUGCAACGUGUCCGUGAAGGGGCGGCUUCCGCACGAGACGAGCGACUCGGAAUUCGCCUGUAGCGACAUGGAGCCCGUCGUGCCCAAGAUUCAGAUGCCGUUGAAGGACCUCAAAGUUCAGGAGGGCCUCUCCGUUCGCCUUGACUGCGUGAUCGUUGGACAACCUGAACCGGAAGUGAUUUGGUAUCACGAUGAUCAACCUGUGAAAGAAUCGGCCGAUUUCCAGCUGUUGUUCCAGGGUGACAAGUGUUCCUUGGUCAUUCACGAAGCUUUCUUAGACGAUGCUGGUGUGUACAAAGUAGUCGCCAUUAAUUCUGGCGGUGAAGCAUCUAGUCAGUGUACAUUAACAGUAACACCGGUCACUGUUUCGGAGAAAUUGGACAGAGCGCGAACAGAAAUCGAAGAAACAUUCAUCGCGGGUUCGCCACCAAGAUUCGUCAAACUUCCAACGGAUUCUCUUGUAGCGGAAGGCGAGACCGCCAUUUUCGAGUGCGCGGUGGUUGGAGAGCCGAAACCGGAACUGAGAUGGUUUUCCGACAGUGGCGAGGUCACUGAGAACGAACGUAUUCUGAUCCAGCGAAAGGAGGAUGGAACGAGCAUCCUGAAGAUUUCUUCGGCGAUUCCCGAGGAUAAAGGAAAUUACGUGGUCAAAGCGUUCAAUGAACACGGAGAAGCGAAAGCUUUCGCUCGAUUGGUCGUCAGAUCGUUGGGUGAUUUUAGGAGGAAGGAAGAAUUUGUAAAGAUGGAGGAGAAACUGAUUGCUCCUACAUUCAAGGAGAGAUUCGAGGACAGAAAAGUGAUGGAGGGUGUCUCCACGAAAUUUGAGUGCAUCGUGGUUGGAAAACCAUCUCCAAAAAUUCAAUGGUUAUUUAACGAUCGCCCCGUCCACGGCAAGGACUUCUUGGUCUCGGUCAGCGGGGAUCGACAAGUGCUGACGAUUCCAGAGACCGGAAGUACGCAUGCCGGUACGAUUUCCUGCGUGGCGGAGAACGCUGCUGGAAAAGCGAUUUGCAGUGCUCGUCUAGAGAUCGGUGGCAGGUCGGUGGAGGAGGUGAGAAAAGUUGGGGAAAAGAGGGUGGUCGACUUAAUCGAAAGAUUGCCCGCCGACGAAAUGCACGCAGCGAGCAGCAGCGAGAAACACUUCUCCUCAGAGAAGUCCGAGGGCGAGGGGGAGAGCCAGGUGUUGACCAAGAUGUCGCAGACCAUCACCGAGUCUACGACCACCCAUAAGACGACUAAGAAAGAGUACAUCUCGUCCACUACAUCCUCCACCUUGGCGAAACCAGGACAAGAACCCACUAGCGUGUCCGUGAAGACCACUGUACAUAGCACGGAACAAUUGUCCUCGGAGAAUGGAGCGCCUCCUGUUGUGCAGUCGUACAAAGUCGAGGAACACGAAAAGAUCAUUCAAGACCAACCAGGCGAGAUUCGUCAAGAAAAAACUGUGGUGGUAUCUCAAGACGAGGAAGGGAUUAAACAAAGGGAUGUCAAAGCUGCGCAAAUAUCGAAACCAACCAGAAAGUCGACUGCGCCGAGAUUCGUUUCGCCUCUCACAGGGAUGAUCGUGGAUCAGGGCACUGAUAUUAUCCUCGAAGGAAUUAUCGAUGGAUUCCCUCAACCUUCAAUUAGCUGGUCGAAGAACGGGCAAGAAUUGAAAACGAAAGAUGGAAUGACGAUCACUUACGCUCAUAAUCAUGUCCGUUUGGAACUGAAGAACGUAAAUGUUAAGGAUGCGGGACGAUACACUUGCACGGCGAGCAACGAAGUCGGUUCUGCUAGUAGCACGGCUGAUCUUGUCGUAAAAAAAACGAUAUUCCCACCGGUAUUCGGCAGAAGAUUGCAAGCUCAAGUUGUGAAACGUGGAGAACGAGUCAAUAUGGAGGUAGAAAUCACAGGAACACCGGAACCCACGGUUACAUGGUUCAAGGACGAUGUGCCUAUCAAAGAACGUCCACCUGAAUUGAGAAUUAAGCAACAAGGAAAUUGUUACAUGCUCGUUAUCGAUAAAGCUGAAAAAGCGCAUGCAGGAAAAUAUAUGGUUCGAGCAAUAAAUGCCGGUGGUGAAGCCCAAAGUAUAGCAGACUUUGCUGUCUUCGAGCCAACGCCUGACACUAUGACGGAAGUUCAUAAAACUGUUAUUUACGAGAAUGUGCAAGACAAAAAAGUUACUCAGUCCGACGAAGAGAAGAGAGAGGUUCCUUCUAGCAAACUUCCUUCAACAACGACGAUUCAACAGAUUCCGCCGUUAAAAACGACACCUAUUGUGUCAUCCACCUCGAUAUCAGAAACGACCAAAACCAUAGAAAAGAUAGAGGAGCCGGAAAGCAGGAUGAGUCGUUCGGAAACAAUCUCGUCUACGGUUGAAUCACAUCAAUCGCAAUCAAAAUCGGAACAAAAGUUCCACAUGAAGUUGGAGCACAAGACGCCAAUCAUACCGGAGCCAAGGAAGGAAGAAAAGAUAGUAACGAGGGAAGUGAUUCGCGAAGAAGUCGAGAAGAAAGGCGCUGAGCCGAAGGCUACAGUGAUCGAGGAGAGGACGAAGAUCGAGAACGAAAAUAUAGAAACAUCAACAAUAGCCAAAAAGGAUGCAUUGAGCUUCUUCGAAUCGAUGACGAAGGAAACGGAAACUACGCCUAAAGGUCCCAAAGAGAUGAUUAAAUUAGUGGACGAUGCUGAUGGACACGAAGUGAAGGUUGGAAAAUUGACGAAGAACUACGAGAGAUCCACUACGUUCCAGGAGGUAAAGAAACCUGAACCGAAACCUGCAGAGAUUCAAACGACGAAGAAAGCUGUCCAUGAGAUAUUCACGAAAUUGGAGCAAGGGAGUACAGCUUCUCGUGGAGUUGACAAUAAACUGUUCGAUUUUCCGUACGAACCGUAUAAGCCACCUUCGGUAGAAACCAAAAAGACAAUCGUGAAAGAAACAGUUAGCUCAGGAUCAUCGUCUGUUCAAGGAUCUCUGAUAAUGUCAUCAAAAAUGGAGAGUAAAGUGGAAAGUAAAAUGGAAAGCAAGUCAGAAUUAUUGGAGGGUUUUAAUUUGGUGCCAGAACCUCCACCGGAAAUUGGUUACAUGCCGAAGCCGGAAGAGUUAAAAAAAAAACGCCCUGAAGUAUCGAUCAAGGCUAAACAGCUCCAAGAAUCCUUCGAUAGAACUCUGUCCCCAAUAGAUGCGCCUGUUGGCGGUGUGAAGAUUUUCCCCACGCCUUCUCCAAAGGUAGCCCCAAUGUUUUCCACGCCACCACUAUCCUUUGAGCUCGAGAAGAAAGAGGUAGUCGAGGAGCCUUGCGUGAGAAAGGAAAUCCACGAGAAAAGGGACUAUGUGUCUUCGUUCAGAGCUAUGUCUCCUAGCAGACCUUGGUCAUCGUCGUCUGAUGUGGAAACUAGAUCACAUAUAUCCACUGAUCUGUCAGAAUACAGGUGUCACUCUGCAGCGUCAAGUCAUCAAGAGAUACUCAGAUCUACGUCGCCCAGACCAUCGGCUGACGCCUUGGCUAUGGAAAAAUCUUGGGCAAAGAAGUGUGCCGAGUCUAGCCGGAAAUCGUGGCCUCCGCAAGAAGAGUCGAGAUUCAAACAAGAAUGGCAAACUCCUGGUGAAGAGUACAAGAGUUCGUCGAAGGAGUUUAAAAAGGAAGUCGAAGAGACGCCUGAAGGUGGUAUCAGAAAAACCAGCAUGGAAUCGUCCAGCACGACUGAGAGGCGAUCCUGGAGUUCGAAACAGGAAUCGAUGGAGAAGAUCUCGAAAAGAGCUCCGUCACCACCGAAAACGCAACCGAUUAUCUACAACGCGGAAACAAUUAAAGUAGAUCACGUGGUGAACAAGAUGGAAGAGAAAUCUCUGUAUGAGAAGUACACUAGUGAGAGCGAUAUUAAGAAGCUGGAAAAGUCUGAAAAGUUCGAGGAGAAAUAUUCGAAAAAAUGGACAGGCUCGGAUGAUUUAAAAGCUCCUGGUCUUGUCAGGAGUGUGGAACCACCUAAAAGACCCGUGAUCCAAUUGUACCAUCUUACUCCACCUACUGAGCAAAUUAUUUUAGAACCUGGCCCACCUCCGGAAAUCGGAUAUAUUCCAGCACCGAUAGUCAAAGAGAAGAAAAUCGAGAAGAUAGAAAAGAACUUGGAAGUGUCGUUGGAGCAUCAGCCAGCUAAGAUCCCUCCAGGAGGAAUCAGAACUAUUCCUCCUGUGCCGAAAAAGGAAGAACCUCCAGCACUGCCUCCGAAAGACGUCAAAAUGACUCCACCGCCGAUUCCAGCCAAACAAUCUACACCUAUCGAACCUCUGGAACCAUUUCCAUUCAAGCCUUCUCCUACAUCUGCACCGAUGAAGAAGGUGCCUCCUCCACCAACUCCUACGAAAUUCAUCAAAGGAAGUUUCACUCAGGAAAGCGACUAUGAAUCGGAUAUGGACGGUCACAUGAAAGCAAAAUGGAGGCCGUACGAGAGUGAUGGCGAGGAGCCACGUUAUAGAAGAGUCCAAGCUCCAGUACCUAAGCCAACCAGACCUAGAUCAACCGAGCCUGAACCACUUCCUCCAUCUAAAUUUGAAGUGCCUCCAUCGACUGUAGGUCCACCUAGACCGGUGAUUACCAAGGAACAACAGGAAAAAGUGUGCAAGAAGACUAUCGCUACCACUGUUAAGAGGCAAGAAAGAGAGAUAAAACAGCAGCAACAAAAGUUCCAAGUAGGCCAACCACCUGCUAUCGAAUUGAAACCAGGCUCUCCACCUAUCUACGUCCAACCAGCGAAGAGUCCAACUCCAAAGAGUCCACCCAUGAAAAAGCCAGAAUCUCCUAAAUUCAAGAUAAAAACGUUCCAACAAGAAAGUGGUUACAUGGCAGACACGGAUGAGCCUUUUCAACAGAAGUCAUCGAUUCAAUCGAUGCAAAAAAGCUUUGGCAAACACGAAUCUUCAUCGUCUAUGACCUCGCAUAUGGAGUCUCGUACCUCGUAUUCGGAAAGUCGAUCGGAAUAUUUCGAGAGCAAAAGUUACGAUAGCCGACAACAGCAGCAACAGAAGAAAGAAUCGUUCAUCGCGCCAUCCGCUCCCUUGGUUACGAAACAACCUGUACAACCACCGGUUCAACAACAACGUAGUUCGUUCGUUGAGAAGAGCUACGUAUCUUCCGCGUCCCCAUCGAGAUUCAGUUCCACGAAGGAAACUAUUUAUACCACGGAUCAAUCGCACAAGAAGUUAGAGACAACGAAAAAAAUUCUGCCGCCCUCUCCGAGUCCUUCCAAAUUCGUGAAGGGCGAAUUUCGCGAAAGCGACUACGAGAGCGACUACGACGGCAGAAUACCACCCCUUUGGAAACCGCGAGGCUAUGAAAGCGACGACCAAUCUUUCAGAUCCGUGAAACCGAAUCUCGCUGGUCCAGGAAAGCCCAAGGAGCCUCGAGUGCCAUUCAUCGAGGAGCUCGAGAAGAAGAAGGAGGACAGAGUCGCAACGCCGACCAAACCGAAAACAGUUCUUCUUCCCGGCUCUCCGCCGGAGAUAGCCUAUGCACCCCCUCAACCGACAUACUACGAGGCUCGAUCUGGCAUACCUUUCCACAACGCGAUCGGUACAGAGACGAAGAAGACGGUCAGGAUGGAUGAGUCGACCGAGAACAGCAGAAGGAUCGUCACUGUCGAGCAAACGAGUCGGGUGAUUAAGUUCGGCGAUCAGAAAUCCACCGCCACUGACUUCAGAGGCUUCGAGAGCUCCGAUCAAAGGCAGAAGACGGCGUUCAAAGUGCCGACCCCGAAGAAGUUCGUUCAAGGUCAAUUCAGGGAAUCGGAUUAUGAGAGCGAUAUCGACACGAGGAUCAGGGCGAGAUGGGCUCCGCCCGAGAGCGACACUGAGGAACCAAGGUAUAGGAAGGUCCAAGCUCCCACGAUGAAGGUGCCAAGGUCGGCCAGCGCCCCUGUCAGACAGGAAUACGUGGUGUCUCCGUUGGAAUUUGAUACUGGGCCACCUAUAUUGAAGAGGCAAACCUCGAUGACCCAACUUCGGGACGAGGGCAGGGUGAUAACUCAGGUGACGAGGGAUAUUGGCUCGGGACAGGAGGAGGUGCUGAAGCCCGGCUCACCUCCGGAAUUCGGUUUUAUCUCAAGGAGCGAUGUGAAGAAGGCGGCUACUCACGUCGCGUCGCGACACAUGAGCGACAUGACCACCAGCUUCAAGUCGAAAACCGAGAAAUUCGUCAGCGACAUCCAGUCGGAUCUGAAGCAAGGCAAGCCGAUCCUGAAACAUCCGGCCGACAGUCGAGCAAGUGAUGGCGACGAGCCCAGAACUUACAGAGAGGAGUCUCGACAUUCGGAACAUGGAACGAAGCAUAUCGACCCAGACACCGGCCUCAUAUACUUCAAAUACGACUUCGGCUACGAGUUCGGGAUUGUGCUCCCUGGCGAAGGCAAGAGAACAGUGACCAGCACGAACAGGACCAUCCAAGGUCAACGACGAGCAAGUGACAUCGAAGUGCCCAUCGUCCACGAGUUCACUACAACCAGAAGGGAGAACGGUUUCGCGAAGAGGAGCAGUUCGAUAUCAUCCUCGACGCGUCAGGGCAAACCGACGGGAAAAUUUGGCACUUCGAAGACCGUGAAAUGGGAACCAACAUCCGAGAGCGAGUUCUCCGAGGCGGAAGACGCGAGAAACGCGAGAAAAAGGCAGCAAGAUGGCGGUAGCGCAAUGGCGCCACCCAGCCUCGUUAUACCUUGUUCACCAUCGCCGUCCAGAUGGGACCAUACGACGCCCAGUCCGCUUUCCCUGAGCCCAAGCUUACCAAGUCUCUCCCCCAGAUACAGUAGUGCCACAGGACCACCCAGCAACGUCGACUCCGCAGGAUCACCGUGGCCAACCACUAAUGGAGUGGCCUCGAGCAAAGAAGUGAUUCAGCCUUACCUAGAAAUACUACCGAAAAAGGCACCCCUUUUCAUCACGCCUUUAAAAGAUAUAGCAGUGGUGAGCGGGCAAACAGCAAGAUUCGAAUGCAUCGUUCAAGCUGAACCUCAGCCUAACAUCCUUUGGUCUAAGGACGGGAGGAUUAUUGAGAAUUCUUCAUGCUACGAAAUCCAUUAUCGAAAUGGCGUUUGUCGUCUGACAAUAGUGCGAGCUUUUCCUGAGGAUGCUGGCACUUAUGCGUGCACCGCAACGAAUAACUUAGGUUCGACAGUAACUUCUGCCACCUUGCAGGUGCCAGGAGUACCUUCGCCAUUUUACGGAACGUACAGGGACCAAAACAUCAACGAGAGGGCUAUGGAGAGCCCGCCCAGGUAUGUGGCUCUCAAAGACCUAUUUCUUCCGCAAGAGAACGACGUGAAAUCGAUACCUGCGGAUCGUCAACAUUCUACGCGACACGAUUACUCGGUCCCGUGGAAUUUGAACGCGGAUCCCAGUUGCGCAGGUGGCGGCUAUCGCGAGAGGCGAAUUACGACGGAAGAAUGCGAGGAGAUAACGGAUCGAAAUACGAUAGCGCGGCGACUCGGGUAUUCCGAUUUCGAGGCGAACGAUUCGUUUCGCGAUGAUUUCUGCUUCGAUCGCGAGUAUUCCCGCUCCGCGAAGCCGAGGACGGAAGACGGAGUUCAAGGGGAGAUUGUGAUGCAGACGACGCCCACCGUACCAACAUUUACCGGCAGACCCGGCGAUCCAUCGCCGCCGGUCUUCGAACAGAUAUUCAAAAAUGCCAGAUUCGCGCAGGGUGGAAACGCAAUUUUCGAAGGCCGCGUGAGAGGAAAUCCAAAACCUAUCGUCUGUUGGACGCACAAGGGUGCACCAUUGUUGGAGUCAUGGAAAAUUCACAUGUCUUACGACGAGAAGACCGGGGCUGUCACACUUCAAAUCAACCAGAUUGGCCCUGGAGACGAGGGUGAAUACACGUGCAGUGCCAAAAAUCAAUACGGCGAAGCAAUCUGCUCCGUUUACAUUCAACCAGAAGGAUUUGGACCUCCUCCGCAACAACAAAUGGGUGGUUACAGGAAGGAAUUUGCGCAGACUUUCCAAUCCACUGAACAGAAGACCCAAACGGGAACACAGAGCUUUCAACACCGUAGCUAUCAACAAACAAUCGAUAAACGAAGCUACGUUAAUGGAACUUCCGUCAGCAUCGAAGAUUUCAAGGUGGACACGUUCGAAUACAGAUUAUUGCGGGAAACAGAGUUUCGAGAGUCGAUCACUCGCCGCUUCGUGGGCGAAUCCGACGUGCAGAUUUCGACGGUGGUAGAUCGUAACCUGGGACCGGUUGCACCUCCGCAAAUCACGCAGAAGCCCAGAAACUCGAAGCUUGUCGAAGGAUCCGAUGCCGUUUUCACUGCGAAAAUCUCUGGCAAUCCUAAACCGAGAUUAACUUGGUUCAAAAACGGCCAGAGGAUCCGCGAAUCGCAACGCGUGGAGAUGAGCUACUCGAAUCAACAAGCCACUUUGAGGAUCAGAGUCGCCCUGCCUGAAGAUAGUGGCCAUUACACCUUGCUCUCGGAAAAUCCUCAAGGAUGCACCGUCAGCUCUGCAUAUUUGGCGAUCGAAUCGAGCGAUCAGGUGGAUCAAGCCUACCAGGCCCAGAGAGAAACGAUCAAAACUCAGCAAGUUGAAACGAUCGGCGAGACCGAUUCUGGAAAAGUUCUGCCACCGAAUUUCGUUCGCACCUGUACCGACCGCGAUGCCACCGAAGGAAAAAUGACCAGGUUUGAUUGUCGAGUAACGGGCCGCCCAUACCCCGAAGUGACAUGGUACAUAAACGGCCAACAAGUGGCCAACGAUCUGACUCACAAGAUCCUCGUGAACGAGUCUGGUAACAACUCUUUGAUGAUCACGAACGUGAGCCGAGCGGACGCCGGCGUCGUGACCUGCGUCGCAAGGAACAAGGCCGGCGAAACCUCGUUUCAGUGCAAUUUGAACGUGAUCGAGAAGGAACAAGUGGUCGCGCCAAAAUUCGUGGAACGAUUCACGACUACGAACGUGAAAGAAGGAGAACCGGUUGUUUUCAUGGCCCGUGCAGUUGGCACUCCUGUACCUCGUAUCACCUGGCAGAAGGAUGGAGUGCCUAUUACACCUGGACCGGAUGUGCGUAUAUCAACGGAUGGCAGCGGAGCUUCGACUUUGGAUAUACCCUAUGCAAAAUUAUCGGAUGCAGCUUGGUACCAGUGCACGGCGCAGAAUGUGGCCGGCUCUACUGCGACCAGAGCGCGGCUUUUCGUGGAAACACCGAAAGGAGCAGCCCCCGAACCAAGACGCCUGAACUUACCCCGACCGACGAAAGUCAUCGAACCAGAACCAGCGCCUGGCCCCGAAGUGAUUUAUUUGAGACAUGUGGAACGCGCCAAGCCAUACUUGCCUCCACCCGAGGAGGACAGAAUUUAUCCACCGCCGCGUUUCAUCAUACCAUUGAAGGACGUCCAUCAGAUCGAGGGUGGACGAAUCCACUUCGAGGCCAGAAUCGAACCGGUGGGUGAUCCCACUAUGAGGGUAGAGUGGUACGUCAAUGGAAGAGCUCUUGACGCGAGUUCCCGGGCGACUUCUAUCUUUCGAUUUGGCUUCAUCUCUCUCGACUUAAUUAGCAUCGUUCUCCAAGACAGCGGUGAAUAUUUAUGCCGCGUCGUAAGUUCGACUGGAGUCGCUGAAUCUCGAGCUACCCUCAGCGUGACACCACGCGCAACAAUCGAACAGACUAGCCAACACCCCGACAGUCUCCAGUACAUCCAACAGCUCGAGGAUUACAGCAAGUAUCAAAGGCAGGAGAGUGUGGAGGACAUCUCUCCACAGCGGCCGGUCUUCAUCCGGCCACUCCAGGAUCUAGGAGAGUUGCAGGAAGGUCGUAACGCUCAUUUUGAAGCGCAACUGACCCCUGUAAGCGAUCCCACGAUGAAAGUGGAGUGGUUUAAGGAUGGUAGACCGAUCACAGCUAGCUCAAGAAUCACAACCAUCUUCAACUUCGGAUACGUCUCGCUCAAUAUAUUGCACCUACGAGCUGAAGAUGCGGGUUCUUACACUGUCAGAGCUGUGAACCGCUUGGGAGAGGCUGUCAGCUCCGCAUCUCUUCGUGUCUUUGCACGUACAAGCGUUACAACAGAUCUGGGAAUCCCCGAGCAACAGAGGUAUAUCGAGGCUGCCGAGGAGUUGGAAGCCUAUCAACAGGCGAUGCACCAGAAAUACGUGCAGGAGCAGCCUGAACCGACAAGCCCACCGGAAUUCAAAUCUCCUAUCAAGGAUCAGAACAGCAUACGAGAAGGAGGAUUCGCUCAUUUCGAAGCACGUCUGGAACCAGUCGGCGAUUCCGAUUUGAGAGUCGAGUGGCUCAAGGACGGACGCCCUGUAGAAGCGAGUUCACGGAUCACGACAUUCUUCAACUUCGGUUACGUGGCACUUACCAUCAAAUACGUAACGAUUCACGACGUCGGUAUUUACACGUGUCGCGCUUACAACCGCGUCGGUGAAGCACACACAACCGCUCAAUUGAGCGUGAUAAGCAAGAACGAUGUUAUUUACGAUAGUCAGCAUCCGACUGGACUGCAGAAGAUACAAACGUUGGAAGAUUCGAGCAGAUAUUCGCGGCAGCUCCAAGAGGAGACGCAAGUGACGCAGGCGCCGCGAUUCUUGGGCACCCUGAAGGGCACGAACAAAAUCGUCGAAGGACAACGUGCCCAUUUCGAGGCCCGCGUCGAACCUCAGAGCGACCUGACCAUGGCCAUCGAAUGGUACCACAACGGAAAACCGAUCACCGCGGCCAAUAGAAUUCAAACUUAUCAUGAUUUUGGAUACGUGGCUAUAGAUAUUCUUCAAGUGAGACCAGAGGACGCUGGCACUUACACUGUCGUCGCUAGAAACUCUCUUGGGGAGGCUCGAUUAUCCGCCACCAUGGUUGUAGAAACUCGUUCAAGCGUCGAUACGAGCAGCAUGCACCGCACUUCCUACGAGAAAACCCAACGUUUGGAGGAGUCGAAAUUCGUCGAGCCCCAAUACCACAUCGAGGAGAUAUCGAAAUCGAAACCGAUCUUCGUCCAACCGUUGAGCGAUCCUAAGCCAGUGAGCGAGGGAAAGAACAUCCAUUUGGAAUGUCGUUUGGAACCGAUGGGCGACCCAACAAUGAGGGUCGAAUGGUUCCAAAAUGGCCGCCCAGUCACCGUUGGCUCCAGAUUCAGAACUUACUACGACUUCGGUUUCGUCGCUUUGGAUAUCGUGCACUCGACAGUGCUCGACUCUGGGGAAUACACCGUCAGAGCCACCAAUCAUCUUGGCACCGCUCACACUUCCGCCUGUGUUAGAGUGAUAGGAAAGUCAGACGUCGUCACGGAAACGCAGCACGAGCAGUCUCUCGAGCAAAUUCAAAUGCUCGAGGAUUCGUCAAGAUACCGCAAGACCCAACAAGAAGAAGUGACGGUGAUGCAGGCGCCCCAAUUUACCCGCCCCCUGCACAAUAUCGAAACAGUGGAGCUCACCAACGUGCAUCUCGAGUGUCGUCUCCAACCUGUCGGCGACUCGACAAUGAGAGUGGAAUGGUUCGUGAAUGGGAGACCGGUGAAGACAGGCCACAGAUUCAGACCGUCCUACGAAUUCGACUACGUCGCCCUUGACAUCCUGGGCGUCUACCCGGAAGAUUCAGGCGUAUAUACCUGUCAAGCGAGGAACCAAUUGGGGGAAGCCGUCACAUCCUGUUCAGUGAGGGUACACGCGAAGAAAGAUUUGCUCUUGGAGUCCCAACAUCCUGAGGGUUUGGAGAGAAUACAAUACUUGGAGGAUGCUUCCAGAUACAAGAGGCAGGAGAUGGUCGACGAGGUUGUCACCGUUAAACCGAGAUUCAUCACAGCUCCGAAAAGUCAAGAGAAUCUCCGCGAAGGAGAACAUGCCCACUUCGAGUGCAAAUUGGAACCAGUGACGGACUCGAAUUUGAAAGUUGAAUGGUUUAAAAAUGGUCGUCCGGUUACGAUAGGACACCGAUUCCGUCCAAUACACGAUUUUGGCUACGUUGCUCUGGACGUAAUUGAUUUGAUCGCCGAGGACUCGGGCACUUACACCUGUCGCGCUGUCAAUCUGGUUGGCAGCGACGAAGUAUCCUGCACUCUAACCUGUCGAUCAACUGCACAGGUUCUAACCGAUUCGAAGAACGAGAUUGGCCUCGAGCAAAUUCAUUAUCUUGAGGACAGAUCCAGAUAUCAACGACGAGAGGAUGUCGAAGAGACGACCACCCAAGCCCCUAUUUUUACCACUUCUUUGAACAACGUCGAGAUCAAGGAAGGGCAAAGGGCGCAUUUCGAAUGCAGGUUGAUUCCAGUUUCCGAUGCAACGAUGAAAGUCGAAUGGUUCCACAACAAUAAACCGGUCAAGGCCGGUUCUAGAUUCGUCGAGACAAAUAGCUUUGGCUUCGUGGCGUUGGAUAUCAUGUACGCCUAUCCUGAAGAUUCCGGCACAUACACCUGUAGAGCAAAGAAUAUUAUAGGAGAGGCUAUCACGUCGGCAAGCGCAGUUGUGCACUCGAAAAAAUCAAUCUACACCGAGUCCCAAAACGAGGAGACUCUUCAAAGACUGCAUUAUUUGGAGGAUACCUCGCGAUACCAACGCAAAACCACAACUGAAGAGAUCAUUACUCAAGCCCCAGUAUUCACGAUGCCCAUCAAGGACCUAAAAGUCGCUGAAAAUCAAGCGGCUCAUUUCGAGGCUCGUGUAAUCCCUGUCGGCGAUUCCAAGCUGAAAGUAGAAUGGCUUCGAAAUGGAGUUCCGAUUGCAGCUUCUAAUCGUGUAACAACGAUGCACGAUUUCGGAUACGUCGCUCUGAACAUGAAGUACGUCAAUCCUGAAGACUCAGGUACUUAUACUUGCCGUGCAGUGAAUGAUCUUGGAGAGGCAGUAACAUCAGCAACGCUUUUCGUUCAAUCCAAGGCGGCCCUGCAAUUCGAGUCGCAGCACGAGAGCGCUUUAUCGAAGAUCCAGGCGCUGGAGGACACAAGUAAAUAUCAGCGGCGGGAGGAAGAAGAGAUCAUGGUUAAGGAGAGGCCAUCAUUCACAGUUCAACUGAAUGGGCCCACCGCCCUUGUCGAGGGCCAAAGCGCACACUAUGAGUGCCGCAUUGAGCCCUACCCCGACCCAACCAUGAAGGUGGAGUGGUUCCAUAACGGGAAACCAUUGUCCACCGGUCACAGGUACAGAACCACUUGUGAUUUUGGGUUCGCCGCGUUGGACGUGCUCACAGUAUACGCGGAGGAUUCUGGUACCUACACCUGUCAGGCAACCAAUAGAUUGGGAUCGGCGAAGAGUUCGAUCAAUCUCGAUGUGAAAUCUCGCUCUUCGAUUAUUCGCGAAACGCAACACGAAAGCGCCCUGAAGAAAAUACAAUAUCUUGAAGACGACUCGCGUUACAAACGGGUAGAGGAAGAGGAUCUGAUCGUCGCCGAGAGACCGAAAUUCGGACGGCCAUUGAAGAACAUCGAACAUUUGCCGGAGGGAAAGAGCGCUCACCUCGAAGCGACGUUGACACCUGUUAAUGAUCCAACUAUGGUGGUGGAAUGGUUCAGAGAUGGGAGACCUAUUCCUCAAGGACACAAAUUCAAGACUACCUAUGACUUUGGAUACGUCGCUCUCGAUAUUCUUUACGCUUAUCCGGAAGAUUCUGGAACUUACAUGUGCAAAGCAAGAAACGCUGUUGGAGAGGCUGUUACUACUUGCGUCAUCAGCGUCGAUUCGAAACAAGGCCUAUAUUUGGACACGCUUGACGCUCAGCGUUUACAGAAGAUUCGCGAGUUAGAGACCGUGGAGGUGAAGCAAGAAGUUGAGAAAGAGGUUGUACACCAAAAGCCCGUAUUCUUGACGCCAUUGAACAAUCUGGAUCAUCUAAAGGAGGGUGAACACGCUCACUUGGAAUGUCGCGUCGAACCUAUCAACGAUCCAAAUCUAAAAAUAGAAUGGUUCGUGAAUGGAGUUGCUGUAAAGACAGGGCAUCGCUUCCGCAAAACGCACGAUUUUGGUUAUGUGGCUCUUGAUAUUCUUUACACUUAUCCUGAAGAUGCUGGCACUUACAUGUGCAAGGCUACGAAUUUGGCUGGCGAGGCUGUCAACACAUGCACCAUCAAAAUUGGCUCUCGCCGUAGCAUACUUCUAGAUACGCAACACCCAGAUGGCCUUGAAAAGAUUCGUGAACUCGAGGCCCAAGGUCGUCCAGCCCGCUUAGAAGUCGAAGAGCCUCCAGUAACGCCUCCAAGAUUCGUUACGGAACUCAGGGGUACCACUGAAGUUUACGAAGGACAAACAGCCCACUUCGAGUGCCAAGUUGAGCCUCUUCACGAUGCCAACUUGAGAAUUGAGUUCUUCCACAACGGCAAACCACUUCCAUCAGCUUCCAGGUUCCACGUGACGUUUGAUUUCGGAUACGUGGCUCUGGAUAUCGGCCAUGCUGUCCCCGAAGAUGCGGGAGAAUACUCCGUACGAGCGAUCAACGCUUUAGGUCAAUGCGUAUCCUCGAUUGAGCUGAGAGUAAUUCCAAGAGAUAAUAUUAUUCUCGACUCGCAACGGCCCGAAGGAAUGGACAAGAUCCGCGAAUUGGAAGCUCAGCAACCUUGGAAAAGACCAGAAGUGCCAGAACCGCAAACCAGGCAGAGACCUGUGUUCACUCAACCGUUGCAGAACAUCGAUGCCAUUCCCGAAGGACAUACAGCUCACUUCGAAUGCAGAUUGAUUCCUGUUGGAGAUCCCACAUUGAAAGUUGAAUGGUUCAGAAAUGAAAUUCCUCUUGAGACAAGUUCACGAAUAACCAAAGUUCACGAUUUCGGAUAUGUAUCAUUGGAUAUCACUCAUGUUAGAGAGGAAGAUGAAGGUGUUUACAUGUGUCGUGCUACCAAUCCACUUGGUGAAGCAGUUACAACUGCUUCGAUGAAGAUCAGAAGUAAAGCGAGUAUUCAAUUAGAUACCCAACAUCCCGAAGCGCAACGUAAGAUCGCCCAACUUGAAGCCGACAAAGGACCGAGUCGCACUGAAGAGCCAGAAAAAGUAUUCGACAAACCCAUCUUCACGCAAUUAUUAACUGGACCCACAGAAUUGUGGGAAGGUCAAAUGGCUAGAUAUGAAUGCAGAGUCGUUCCAGUUGGUGAUGCCAGUUUAAGAUUCGAGUGGUACAUAAAUGGAGUCGAACUAAAAAUGGGAUCUCGGUUCCACGUAAGCCACGAUUUUGGCUACGUAACCUUAGAUAUCCUGAAAGUAAUCACGGAGGAUUCAGGUGUAUACACCUGUAAAGCGAUUAAUAAAGCCGGUGAAGCAGUUUCCUCGAUAUCCUUAAAAGUGAAAGCGCGCUCGGCCAUCGAUGCCGAAAGUUUGCAACCGGAUGCAUGGCAAAAGAUCCAACUGAAAGAGGCAGAGAUGAACAAAGUGCCGGAAAUGUUCGUGGACACGACACCUCAACAAGCACCAGUAUUCACCAAACAUCUAGAGAGUUACGACAAACUCGUGGAAGGUCAACACGUGUACUUAGAGGCUCAGGUAGAACCAAGAGCAGAUCCAAAUCUGCGCGUGGAAUGGUUCAAGAACGGGAUUGCUCUUCAAACUGGAACCAGACUUCGCAGUACCUUCGACUUUGGUCUUGUCACAUUAUCCAUCAAUGGCCUCAGAUCCGACGAUUCCGCCAUAUAUACUUGCAAAGCCACCAAUCUUCUUGGUGAAGCUGUAUCCACCUGCAGCCUGAAGAUCGUCGAUCGCCAUUGGUUGCUUGGUGAUACUCUUCAUCCUGACGCACUUCCAAAGAUCGAUGCUUUGGAACAACCUCAUGUCACCACAACAGAGCAACCAGAGCCAAUAUACGAAGUUCCAGUAUUCAUCACUCAUUUAAAUAACGUCGAGUGCGUGGAAGGUGACAAUGCGCACUUCGAGUGUAACGUGGAACCAUCCAAAGACCCGACGAUGAAGAUCGAAUGGUUCAUCAAUGGAAAACCGCUUCCAACUGGAGCAAGAUUCAAAUCAACUUAUGAUUUUGGAUAUGUAGCUUUGGACCUUACCCACGCUUACGAGGAGGAUUCAGGAGUGGUGAUCGUCAAGGCUACGAAUUCGAAGGGAUCAGCCCAAACAUCAGGCACUUUGAAAUGCACUAGCAAACAGAGCAUCUAUCUACAGACUCAGCAUCCCCAAGGAGAGGCUGGAUUGGAAAAAGUGAAAGAAGUAGAAGAUGCUUAUCUAUCCAAAUUGAAAAGACCGGACGCUGGACCGGAACAAGAAUAUCCGAAACCUGUGUGGACAGUGCCUCUGCAGCCAGAGUUCAAGCUGGGUGAAUCUGAACCUCUUCAUCUGGAGGGCCAAGUUGAGCCCAAGGAGGAUCCAAAUUUGAAGAUCGAAUGGUACUUCAAUGGAAAAGCUCUGGAGCAUGGGUCCAGAUUCAAGAUGACCAGCGAUUUUGGUUUCGUUACUUUGGAUCUGACCGAUGUAUACGAUCGUGAUUCUGGAAUUUAUACUUGUAAAGCUUACAACAAAGCGGGAGAGGCCUUUACCUCAACCACGAUCUAUUGCUCGACUAAGGAGAACAUCAUUGAGAAAUCCCAACAUCCAAAGGGCAAGGAAGGUCUCGAAGCAAUUCAAGAUUUAGAAGAAUCAUUAAAACGACAAGAAGGAGCUCCACCGGAGAGUGAAGAAGGUCAUCCACCUGUGUUCACGUCUCAAUUCGAGAAUCUGACCAAUCUAUCUGAAGGGGAGAUAGCUCACUUCGAGGCAUCUCUUACGCCAACUGGUGAUCAAACAAUGGUAGUCGAGUGGUUUUACAAUGGAAAAUCGUUAGAGGCCAGCCAUCGCACGAGAACGGUCUAUGCUUUUGGCAUGGUCGUUCUCGAAGUUCUUGGAACCAAGAUAGAGGACUCUGGCACCUACUCCUGCAGGGCUACCAAUAAAUGGGGCCAGGCUGAGAUUAGCGUGCAAUUGGAAUGCGUGGAUAAAUCUAAAGGACAAAAACCAAAGUUCACCACCCAUAUCCAAUCUCUGGAAGGUCUAAAGGAUGGCCAAUCGGCGCACUUUGAGUGCACUCUGAUCCCAGUCGGGGAUCCUCACAUGAAAGUCGAAUGGUUCCACAAUGGACAACCUCUGAGACAUUCGUCCAGAUUCAAGAUGGUAUCCGACUUUGGAUUCGUCGUGAUGGACAUUGCUGGCGUGAUGGCUCAUGACACUGGAGAGUACGUGUGCAAGGCAAGCAACAAAUUCGGCGAAGAUUACACCAAAGCUACGUUGAAAUGCUUUGGAAAGAGCGGAGUGUAUCUCGAUUCAUUGCAACCCGAUUCUCUAGCCAGAAUCAGGGAGUUGGAGAGUUACGGUGGUGAACAACCUACCACGCCAACGACACCAGUGGCAGAACCACCUAAAUUCAUCACGCAAAUCUCCGAUAUCACGAAACUGGUCGAAGGACAAUCUGCUCACUUCGAGGCCAGACUUACACCUGUCAAUGAUCCAGACUUGAAAGUUGAAUGGUACUACAAUGGAAAGAAACUGCCUCAUGGACAUAGAUAUAGAACCUUCCACGAUUUUGGUAUCGUUAUUUUGGAUAUAUUGUAUUGUUACGAGGAAAAUUCUGGAGUCUACGAAUGUAGAGCUUUCAAUAAAUACGGCGAAGACACGACUAAGGCGACCUUAAAAUGUUACUCCAAAUCGAGUCUCAUUUUGGAAUCUCAACUUCCUAAGGGAAUGGAAGGUGGAUUGGAAAAGAUCCAGACUUUAGAGGAUUCAAUGAUUCGUACAAGAGACGAAAAGGUCGUCGAGGAAAGAGGAAAAGCUCCUGUCUUCACUGUGCCCUUGAGCAAUAUCGAUGGCCUUCGCGAGGGGGAGAGCGCGCACUUUGAAGCUAGACUUACACCCACUGACGAUCCAAAACUAAAGGUCGAAUGGUUCUGGAACGGUAAACCGCUGCGAACAGGCACUCGUUUCCGCACCUUCUGUGACUUCGGCUUCGUGAUCCUUGAGAUCUCGCCCAUUUAUCCAGAGGAUUCUGGCGAAUACAGUUGUCGAGCAACAAACGACUAUGGCGAAGCAGUGACUACCUGUACCAUGAAGUGCACAGGGAAACGAAGCAUCAUUCUCGAAUCCCAACUGCCAAAGGGAAUGGAGGGCACCAUCGAUAAGAUAGCCGAGCUAGAAGGUCUUGGAAACGAGCCAGGCGAAGUGAUCCCGGACGACGAUACGGGGAAACCACCGGAAUUCAUUACAACUCCGUCCGACUUAACCCUAACCGAGAAUUCCUUGGCUCAUUUCGAAUGCAGAUUGACACCUAUCAACGACUCUAGCAUGAGGGUGGAAUGGUUCCAUAAUGGAAAACCUCUUCUGGCUGGAACCAGGAUUAAGACCAUCCACGACUUUGGCUUUGUUAUCCUGGAAGUGGCCAAUUGUUAUCAACGCGAUUCAGGCCUGUACACGUGCAAGGCGACCAACCGCCAUGGCGAAGCAACAGUUUCGUGUAAACUUCAAGUCCGUGGACGACAAGGGAUUAUCUUGGAACCCCAGCUGCCUACCAAUUUCAAGACUGGAACGGAGAGUAUCCAGAAGUUGGAAGAGGCUUUGUACAAAAAGGAUGAGAUAUUGACCGAAGAAGAGACGCCCAAUCCUCCCAAGUUUACCGUCGAGUUAAAGGAUAUCGAGGUAGAAGAAGGCGCAUCCAGUCAUUUCGAUUGCAGAGUCGAACCUGUCGGCGACUCUACGAUGCGCAUCGAUUGGUUCCACAAUGGAAGAUCGUUCGCCACUGGAUCUCGCGUGCACCAGAUAAACGAUUUUGGCUUUAUCUCAUUAGAUAUGUCGUAUACUUAUGCUAGAGACAGCGGCGAAUAUGUUUGCAGAGCUACCAAUAAGUGGGGUUCUGCUACCACUAAAGCUACUAUAACUUGUAAAUCUAAGAAAACCAUAGAUUUCGACUCGCAGCUGCCUUCAGGCAUGAGUGGCGAGAAAUUGAAGGAACUAGAACGUGGUCCAGUUAGCGAACCAUCACCUGUUGAAGAGCCACCACGUCAACCACCGAAAUUCAUCACGCAUAUUCAAUCAGCAACAGUGGAUGAAUCAGAAGCGGUCAGGUUUGAGUGUCGCGUGGAACCGAAGGAUGAUCCGAAUCUGCGUAUCGAAUGGUACAGAAAUGGAAAAUUGAUCCCGGCUGGACACAGAUACAGAACGAUGUACGACAUGGGAUUCGUAUCUAUGGAUAUCUUAUACGUCUAUCCUGAAGACUCGGGAGAAUACGUGUGCAAAGCUAUCAAUGAUCUCGGAGAAGACACCACUAGGGCAUCAGUAUCGUGCAAAAAGUUGCCAAACAUCAUUCUACAGAACCAAGUGCCAAAAGGUAUGAAAAAGUCGGAAGCAUUGAUGCAGAUGGAAGCAACUAUCAAAAAAUACACCUCAGAAGUCCAUCUUACGGAGGACGAUCUCUACGACGCGGACAAGAAACAACCACCUCGUUUCGUCACCCAGAUCCAAGAUCAAACUGAGCUAGUCGAAAUGAACAGCACUAAAUUUGAAUGUCAAUUGGCGCCUGUCGGCGAUCCAAACAUGAAAGUCGAAUGGUUCUUCAAUGGCAAACCUUUACCGCACAAGAACAGAUUCACCCCUAUUUACGACUUUGGUUACGUGGCCAUGAACUUCGGCUGGGUCUAUCCUGAAGAUAGCGGCGAAUACCUUUGCAGGGCCACGAAUCUUUAUGGAAUGGACGAGACACGGGCGGUGAUUCGAACGGCUGGCAAACCUGGAAUUAUUUACGAGUCCCAAUUACCGAAGGGCAUGAAGAGUAUCGAAAAGAUCAGAGAAAUGGAAGCUGCAUGGCAAAUAGUACCUGAGGAAGAAGGUGAAGAAGAGAAGGUGAGGGCGCCCCCAACAUUUGUGAGCAAACCAGAACCAGUGACUGUCGAAGAGGGCGAUUGGUCCAGAUUCUGCUGUCGUGUCACUGGUCACCCAAGACCCCGUGUCAUGUGGAUCAUCAAUGGACACACUGUGGUCAAUGGAUCACGUUAUAAACUGACUUAUGACGGCAUGUAUCAUCUGGACAUCCCGAAAACGAGGCAAUAUGAUCACGGAAAAGUGGAAGUGAUCGCGAGAAGCUCAGUAGGCGAGGCACGUACCGAAACCACAUUGACAGUGAAACCACGAAGCGAUGAUUAUCGUGGCGUGUUGAAGAACUCGCCAAGACCUUGGUAUGAUUACGGGCUGACCCAAUACCAAACGGAGCGACAGAACACAGAGCUCGAGAAAGUUUUCGACGAAAGGCACCAUAAUAUCUCUCAAGGCAUCGAGAUCGCCACUGAACACCUUGGACAGAAAGUCUACAAAGAACCAGAAACCGAAUGGCAAAAAUCUGUGAAGAGUAAGAAAAACGAAGACUAUUACAACAAACUGAUGACCCUCGAGGAGGAGCAAGUCUUAAAGGAGAGUAGAUUGAGAGAAUCCAGCCACCAGUUCGCCAUUCCUGGUGAAAAAGUUGUCGCCCAUUCUGUGGCGAAGGGAAUGGCCCAACAAUACGAGGAGACGCUGGAAGACAAGAAGGACGAGAAAAUUCAGGAGAUCCAACAGACAACAACCCAACAGAAAUUCGUGAAGAAGCCACACACGACAGAAGUGGACAUUGAUAUGGAGCGCGUGAAAGGAAGGUAUCCUCCAGAGCCAUCGGAAUCCACGGUGCACGGCCGCGAGGUGCACGUAGCUAAGCAGAAACAGAUCCAGAAAGAAGUCAAAGGAGAUCUAGAAAUCACCAGAAAGAUAACGGCUACGGAAACGACUGAGGUGGAGCACAAAGCGAAAACUCAGGAGCGCAUCGUUCAAGGUCCAACGAAACCUGCCAAACCUCCUGUGUUCACGAAGAAGAUUCAACCUUGCAGAGCAUUCGAGCAGGAACAAGCACGAUUCGAGGUUGAAUUCGACGGCGAUCCAUUGCCGUCCAUUAAAUGGUACCGCGAGGAUUUCCCCAUUCAGAAUUCUCCGGAUCUUCAGAUUUACACAUUCAGCACGAAAUCAGUGUUGAUCAUUCGUCAAGUUUUCAUGGAGGAUUCCGGUGUGUUCUCCGUGAUCGCUGAAAAUCGUGGUGGGAAGGCGAAAUGCAGUGCGAAUUUGGUAGUCGAGGAGCGUAGAAGGCAACCGGGCAGAGGUGGAGUAGUACCACCUAGCUUCCUGUCCACCAUUCAAAGCACCUCCGUCACCACUGGCCAACUGGCUAGAUUUGAUGCUAAAGUGACCGGAACUAAGCCUUUGGAUGUUUAUUGGUUGAAGAAUGGCAAGAAAGUGACGGCAGACAUUCGUUACAAGACACUCGAAGAAGACAAUACUUAUACCCUGUUGAUUCUGGAAACCAUACCAGAAGAUUCAGGUAAAUACGAAUGCGUUGCGAUAAACAGCGCUGGAGAGGCGCGUUGUGAUGCCGACUGCACGGUCCGUGGUCCUCAAUCUCCCGCCAAAACCGCGAAACCAACGACACCUGGCGUCGAGAAGGCGCCGCAAGUAUUGGAGCCGUUGAAAGAUCAAACUAUCAGAGAGGGUACGUCCGUCGCAUUCGCGUGUAGGAUCACUGGGAAACCAGUACCCACGGUGCAAUGGAAGAAAGGCGACAAGGUUAUCAAACCAUCUAAAUAUUUCCAAAUGCAGAAGGAUGGUGACCUUUGCACUUUGAGGAUCUCUGAGGCAUUCCCUGAAGAUGAGGGAGUUUAUAAAUGUAUUGCCAAGAAUCCAGCCGGUGAUGUCACUACUUCAGCAAACCUCAGAGUUCUUGCCCCUGAUGCAGCUGAUGUUCUCCCUAAAUUGUCACCACUGAAAGAUCAAAUAGUGUUUGAGGGACAGCCAGCACAAUUCAAGACUCAAGUUACUCCAGCUAAACCAAAGCCAACGAUCCAAUGGUAUCGCGAAGGUGCCCUAAUUCCUCAAUCACCCGAUUUCCAGAUGAUUCACGAAGGCAACAACGCCGUGUUGCUGAUAGCAACCACGUACGAAGAAGACACUGGCACCUUCACCUGCCGGGCUACCACCUCAGCCGGUACCGUAGAAACGUCCGCCAAACUCAUCGUAAAAAAGAGGAAAGGAGCGUAUUACGAGGUUCCUGCUGAGACGGGACCAGGUGUAAAACCAUCGACAGAUUAUGGAAAAGACAUUAUCCUAGAGCCAUUGACUCUAGAUGAGAAUGGAUUGCCACUCGAAAGUUUACCCUUGCAAGGUGACGAAUCGUUACCCUGGAGAAGGGGACGGGUUCAUCAUCGACCUCAACUUGGCGACGUGACACCAUGGAGGAAAACGAAACCAAAAUCUCGCGAUACAUCUUUGGAUAAGUUGCAAGCUGUGGAAGAUCAAGUAAAACCUUGGACAGAGGAAGCGGUAGUGUUGAAGAAAACUCCGCAAGUUCUUCGUGAAAUGCCGAGGGAAAAAUUAGAGGAAGUCGAGUUAAAACCAACAAAAAUUGAGAAGAAAGAUAUUGCAAGAGCUAGCCUCGAAGCGGUUGAUCUGAAACCUGUUGUUAAAGAAAUGACAAAAGAAAUAAAAACUGAAAAAGAGAAGAUCACUCAACUGGAUAAGGCUACGGAAGAAGUUUAUGUGGAAGAAGAGGACUCUAGAUUUGUCAAAACCUCGAAAACAAUAGAUGAAACUAUUCAGAAGAAAAAGGAGAAAGCUAAACCUUGGACCGAAGAGAAGGUUACGUUAAAGAAAUCGAAACUUGAUAGGAAGGAAAUUCCUAGAGAGACUUUAGAGACUGUGGAAUUGAAACCUUCAAAGAUUAUUAAGAAGGAAGUCGAGAAAGUUACUUUGGAGAAGGUGGAUUUGAAAUCUGUUCCUACAGUGAUUGAGAAGAUGACUGAGGAAACGAUUUUGAAGAGUGAAUAUUUUGAACAAGAGGACACAUCGGUGUUAGAUGUGACUAAGAUUGAAGAAGUGAAAAAAAUAAAGAAAGAGAAGAUAGAAGAAAAAAUGGAAGAAGCGAAACCUUGGACUGAAGAGAAAAUCACUUUGAAGAAAUCUAAACCAAUAAAAAAAGAGAUUGAAAAAGAAACUAUAGAAACUGUGGAACUAAAACCAUCGAAGAUUGAAAAAUUACCUGAUCGAAAACCAAGUUUAGAGAAAGUGGAUUUGAAACCUGUUCCAACGGCAGUGACUGAGAAAAUCACCGAGAAAAAGAUCACUGAAAAAUCUAAAUAUUUUGAAGAAGAGGAUACUGCUUUGUUAGAGGUAUCAAAGACUGAAGAACUAAAGAAAGUGAAGAAAGACAAGGUUGAAGAAAAACCGGAAGAGAAGCCUAAACUUUGGACUGAAGAAAAAGUCACAUUGAAGAAGGCUAAGCCUGUAAAAAAACAAGUUGAAAAGGAGACGAUAGAAACAGUUGAAUUGAAACCAUCGAAAAUAACGAAAACUUCAAUUCCAAAAGAAAGUUUAGAAACGGUGGAUCUUAAAGCUGUCAAGAAGGAAACAGAGAAAAUGAUGAAAGAAAUCGUGCAGAAGACUGAUUAUAUGGAACAAGAAGAUACGACAUUGCUCGAUAUUUCCAAGGAUACGCAAGUGAAGAAAACAAGGAAAGAAUCGAUCUCAGUGGAAAAAGAACAAACUAAACCUUGGACGGAAGAGAAAAUAACAUUAAAGAAAGCCAAACCUGAAAAGAAAGAAAUAUCGAAAGAAACGUUAGAGACUGUACAAUUAAAACCAUUCAAGCCAGAAAAGGCAGAUAUAGAAAAAUCGAGUCUCGAAGAGAUAGAUUUGAAAUCUAUUCCUAAGAAAGAAAUUCCUAAAAAACCUGAGGGAAAAGAGAUAGUUAUUGAAGAAGAUGACACAACUCUUCUUCAGGUCACCAAAGAUACUGAAAGUACUGUCAAGAUUGAUAAAAAAGUGAAGAAAAAGGAAGAAAUUGAAAGAAAAAUUUCGGAAACUAGAUCUUGGAUUGAAGAGAAAAUAACUUUGAAGAAAGCUAAAGUCGAGCAAAAAGAAGUUCGAAGGGAAAGUUUGGAAGAAGUAAUUUUGAAACCAACUAAAACAGAAAAAAGAGAAAUAAAGAAAGAAAUAUUGGAAAAGGUAGAUUUGCAAAAAGUGACUGAUAAGACUCAAUUCGUAGAGAAAGAAGAUACAAAAGUCUUGAAAAUAGACAGAGAAGAAAAGAUCCAGGAAGACAAAAUAGCGACUUGGAGAAAAGAAAAGAAACUAAAGGAACAGGUACCAUAUCACGAAGAAGAAGAUAAAAUGAUAUUGGACGUAGAGAAAGAUAUCGAAUUCACGCAGAAACAGAAGGAAGUGCCAGUACCUUGGGCCAGAGGUAAGAAAAAACUCGCAGAAAAAGUUCCUUAUCAUGAAGGAGAGGAUACUAUUCUUCUUGACGUUGAAAAGACUGAAAAGAUGACUGAGAAACAAGAGCAGGAAGAAGUGCCGGUUCCAUGGACACGAGGAAAGAGAGCAAAGGAAGAAACACCAGAUGUUCCACAGAAAGUGGAAGAAAAGCCAGUAGAGGAAGAAGAAAAAUUAGAGACGAUGCAAGUUCCAUGGCUUCGAGAUAAGAAGGUGACAAAGAAGAUACCGGAAAAGAAAGAGAAACCGGCUGAGGAUAUCAAAUCUGUCACGUUGAAACCGGUCAGACGCGAACAUAUGCCAGAAGAAAAGCAAAAAUUAGAAGAGAUAACAUUGAAGCCUGUCAAACGCAUUCCACGUGAAGAAGAAGAGAAAGAGAAAGUGCAAUUAAAACCCAUUCCAAAAUCCAAGGCUGAAGAGAAACCACGUGCAGAAGUGACGUUGAAAUCAUUCCAAAAACCGAAACAGGAAGAAGAGAAAUCAAAGAAACCAGAAUUGAAACCAUUCGAGAAAUCUAAACCUGAAGUACCAGAAGAAGAAAAAGUACAGUUAAAACCAUUCAAACAAGAAAAACCGGAAGAAAAGUCAACUGUAAUCCCACAAAAACUUUCGGAAAAACCACAAGAAAAAGAAAUAAAGGAAACUGAAGAAAUAUCAUGGCGCAGAAAACCAAAGAAACCAUCGAUUCCUGAAGAAACACUUGUUGAAAAAGUAGGAGAAAAGAUUGUGGAGGAAAAAGUAAUCAAAAAGGAAAAAGAAACGAUCGAAGAUUUCAAAUCAAUAGCUUUGAAACCAGUUAAACGAGAGAAAAAACCUGAAGAACGGGAAGAUAAGGAAGAAAUCAUAUUAAAAUCAGCGAAACAUAUUCCUAAAGAGAAAGAAAGCACUGAGGAAAUUAAAUUGAAACCGGUAGAAAAAUUAAAACCAGAGAAGAAGAUCGAAGAGAAAGAAGAGAAACCUUUAAAACCGAUCGAACAAGAAAAACCAAUUGAAUUAGAAUUGCCUUGGCGACGUGACAAAAGGAAACCUAUCGAACAAAAAAUUACUGAAAUCCCAAUUGAAGAAAAAAAAGUGGAAGAAGAACAAGCGGAAGUUAGUUGGCGAAAACCACAGGAAAAAGUGAUAAAGGAAAUACAAAAAGAAAAAGUAGAAGAUUUUACAGCAGUUAAAUUGAAACCAGCAAGAAAAGAAAAAGGACUGGAUGAAAAGAUAGAAAAAGAAGAAGUAGUAUUGAAACCGAUUGAGAAAAUACCAAAAGAGGAAGAAACAAUUGAAGGAGUGACACUUAAACCAACAAAAUUGGAGAAACCAGAAACAUUCGAAAAUGGUGAAAUUCUUGAAGAAAAAACUGAGUUGCCAUGGCGACGUGGUAAAAAAUCAAUAAAGAAAUUAGCAAAGGAAGAACCGAAACCCGAACAAUUACUAAAACUUGAAGAAGAAGUACCUAAAAGAAUCGAGGAACAAAUAAUAUUUAAACGUGAGGAUGAGACACCCGAGGAAAAAGAAAUACCAGAGAUUAAAUUAAAACCAGUUAAACACAUAGAAAAACCAAAAGAAGAGAAGCCUGAAGAAGUAAAAUUAAAACCUGUAAAACGACUUCCUAAGGAAGAAGAGGAAAAAGAAGUGGUAACGGUGAAACCAAUAAAGAAAGAAAAACCAGAAGAAGAGAAACCCGAGGAAGUGAAAUUGAAACCUGUAAAACGACUUCCUAAGGAAGAAGAGGAAAAAGAAGUGAUAACUCUGAAACCAAUAAAGAAAGAAAAACCAGAAGAAGAGAAAUCCGAGGAAGUGAAAUUGAAACCUGUAAAACGACUUCCUAAAGAAGAAGAGGAAAAAGAAGUGGUAACUCUGAAACCAAUAAAGAAAGAAAAACCAGAAGAAGAGAAACCCGAGGAAGUGAAAUUGAAACCUGUAAAACGACUUCCUAAGGAAGAAGAGGAAAAAGAAGUGGUAACUCUGAAACCAAUAAAGAAAGAAAAACCAGAAGAAGAGAAACCCGAGGAAGUGAAAUUGAAACCUGUAAAACGACUUCCUAAGGAAAAAGAGGAAAAAGAAGUGGUAACUCUGAAACCAAUAAAGAAAGAAAAACCAGAAGAAGAGAAACCCGAGGAAGUGAAAUUGAAACCUGUAAAACGACUUCCUAAAGAAGAAGAGGAAAAAGAAAUGGUAACUCUGAAACCAAUAAAGAAAGAAAAACCAGAAGAGGAGAAACCCGAGGAAGUGAAAUUGAAACCUGUAAAACGACUUCCUAAGGAAGAAGAGGAAAAAGAAGUGGUAACUCUGAAACCAAUAAAGAAAGAAAAACCAGAAGAAGAGAAACCCGAGGAAGUGAAAUUGAAACCUGUAAAACAACUUCCUAAGGAAAAAGAAGAAAAAGAAGUGGUAAGUCUGAAACCAAUAAAGAAAGAAAAACCAGAAGAAGAGAAAUCCGAGGAAGUGAUAUUGAAACCUGUAAGACGACUUCCUAAGGAAGAAGAGGAAAAAGAAGUAGUAACUCUGAAACCAAUAAAGAAAGAAAAACCAGAAGAAGAGAAACCCGAGGAAGUGAAAUUGAAACCUGUAAAACGACUUCCUAAGGAAGAAGAGGAAAAAGAAGUGGUAACUCUGAAACCAAUAAAGAAAGAAAAACCAGAAGAAGAGAAACCCGAGGAAGUGAAAUUGAAACCUGUAAAACGACUUCCUAAGGAAAAAGAGGAAAAAGAAGUGGUAACUCUGAAACCAAUAAAGAAAGAAAAACCAGAAGAAGAGAAACCCGAGGAAGUGAAAUUGAAACCUGUAAAACGACUUCCUAAAGAAGAAGAGGAAAAAGAAAUGGUAACUCUGAAACCAAUAAAGAAAGAAAAACCAGAAGAGGAGAAACCCGAGGAAGUGAAAUUGAAACCUGUAAAACGACUUCCUAAGGAAGAAGAGGAAAAAGAAGUGGUAACUCUGAAACCAAUAAAGAAAGAAAAGCCAGAAGAAGAGAAACCCGAGGAAGUGAAAUUGAAACCUGUAAAACAACUUCCUAAGGAAAAAGAAGAAAAAGAAGUGGUAACUCUGAAACCAAUAAAGAAAGAAAAACCAGAAGAAGAGAAAUCCGAGGAAGUGAUAUUGAAACCUGUAAGACGACUUCCUAAGGAAGAAGAGAAAAAAGAAGUGGUAACUCUGAAACCAAUAACGAAAGAAAAACUAGAAGAAGAGAAACCCGAAGAAGUCAAAUUGAAACCUGUGAAACAUAUAGAAAAAUCAAUAGAAGAAAAAUCAGAGGAAAUUAUAUUGAAACCUGUCAAGCGUCUGUCAAAAGAAGAAGAAGAAAAAGAGGAAGUAAUUUUGAAACCGGUAAAGAAAGAAAAGCCAGAAGAAGAGAAAGCUGAGGAAGUUAAAUUAAAGCCAGUUAAACGUCCUAAAAAACUAAAAGAGGAGAAACCGGAAGAAGUGAAAUUAGAACCAGUUCCAAAACCUGUUUCUGAAAAAGUUGAAGAAAAACCCGAAGACGAGGAGGAAAAAAUAUUACCAUGGCGUCGUGGCAAGAAAACGAAGAAAAUCGUCGAUUUCCGAGAAGAAGUUACAGUGGUACCAAUCGAUCAAGAGAAAGUGAUUACAGAGGUACACGAAGAAGAGACAAAAAUCGUGGAGCAAAAAAUGGAGGCUAAAAAUAUUGUCCAAAUGGAGGUAAAAGAAAUCAAAGAGGAAAAACGGGAAGAAACUGCACUUCCGUGGAGAAGACCGAUAAAAGAAGUAAAAGAAAUCAUCGAAGAAAAAGUUGUAGUUGAAGAAAUUAAACCUAAAACGGUACUGAAGGAAGAUAAAGCUAUUGAAGACGUCACUGAAACAUCGGAAAUCUCUUGGAGAAAAAGGCGAAAACCGAAGAAACCGGAAGAAGAGAAAGAAGUAGUUGAAUUGAAACCAGUCGAGAAACACGAGGAAUUCAUAGAAAGAAUAGAAGAAAUCGUUCUCAAACCUGUCAAAAAAGAGAAAGUACCCGAAGAAGUCAAGAAAGAUGAAAUUCGUCUGAAACCUGUUCCCAAAAAACCACAAGAAGAAGAAGUACCCGAAAAAGUGACUUUGAAACCUGUCAAGAAAGAGAAACUCGAGGAAAAACCUAAGAAGGAAGAAAUAUCAGAAUUGAAACCGGUAAAAUUAGAAAAACCAAAGAAACUUGAAGAAGAGAUAGAAGAAGAAAAAGUGACUGAAAUGUUAUGGAGGAAACCUAAAAAGAAACCUGAAGAGGUACCUGUACCUGUAGAAAAAGAAGUUUCCGCGCAGGAAGUUCAAGUGAUCGAAGCAACUAAAUUAGAAAAGAUUGUUGAAGAUGUAGUCGAGGUUGAGAAGAAAAAAGUCCAAGUCGAGGAUCGUAGGAGGAAACACAAGCAACGUACGCAAGUCGAGAUAUCUAUCACGGAUAAAGAUAAGAAAAUUGCACCGAGAUUUAUUCAGAAACUUCAACCCGUUAUCGCGCAACCUGAAACAACUGCGAAAUUCACGUGUACAGUAUUUGGCAAUCCAUUCCCCGAAAUUACCUGGUACAGAAACGAGCAGGAGCUUCAUGCGAGUGAAAAAUACAUAAUGAUCAUCUACGAAACGACCGCAUCGUUGGAGAUAACGAAAGUGAAGGAAGAGGAUGCUGGAAUGUAUUCUUGCAGAGCGUCGAAUCCGGCUGGAGUAGCUACAUCCACCGUCAAUCUCGUGAUAUUUGAAAAAGAAGAAGAGGGCAUAGCGCCACAUUUCGCGACACCGAUAAAGCCUCUCAUGGUGGAGGAACAUAAACCAGCUCUGCUCGAGUGCAUCGUCAUCGGCACACCGAUGCCAGAAGUGAAGUGGUACCGUGGGGAAGAAGAGCUGAAACCAGAAAAGGACAGAGAGAUCACGUUCAAUCCGGAAACUGGGGAGGCAAAGUUGCACAUAUUGGAGCCAACCGAGGAAGAUGAGACAAUAUAUCGCGUACGAGCUGUGAACAAAUUUGGACGCGCCGAAUGUAGAGCGAAUCUGGUCAUUAGUAAUGUAGUGAGGGUGAGCAAACCGGAAGUUCUGAGGGCGCCAAAGAUCACUAGACCUCUGCCAGCUUUGGUUGCCGAGUUUGGAAAAUCUUUGACGUUGUCCGCUGAUUUCGAGAGCAAACCUACACCAGAAGUGAAAUGGUACCGCAACGGAGCCGAGAUCGUACCGUCUGACAAGCGUGUAAUUAAGAUUUACGAAAACACGACGGAGUUGUACAUUCCUGAAGUAACGAAGAAAGAUGGAGGAAAGUAUGAGGUCCGAGUGGAAAAUCCUGUAGGUGAGGCGAGAAGCUCUGGUUCUGUGACGGUGAAGGAACGAGAGGACAAGACGGACGAGGUGAAAGCACCGAGAUUUAUCGAGCCGCUGCAACCACAAAUUGUAACUGAGGGAGAAGUCGUGAUCAUGGAAACACGUGUCGAUUCCUAUCCGGCAGCCUCUUUCCAAUGGUUCCACGAUACUCGUCCUCUGGAGUCCACACCACAAGUGAGAAUCGUAACGCAAGAGAACAAAUCAAUCCUAAUGAUCAAGGAGAUCAAGCCCGAGUAUUCGGGUACGUACACUUGUCGUGCCGAGAAUGUUGGCGGAUCUGUCACUUGCACGGCGACCAUAAAUCUAUUGGAUACGCCUUGGGAGGAAACCGUGGAGCUGGUUUCACCGACGUUUGUCAAACGAUUGUCGCCGGUCAGGGUCAUGGAUGGUGAAAGCGCCAAUCUGACGUGCAUCGUCCAAGGAAAACCCACGCCUAGAGUCGAGUGGUAUCACGAUAAUAAACCGAUCAAAGAGGGCAAAGAGAUCACGAUCGUGCAAGACACAGAAGGUGUUUGCAGUUUGGCCAUAACCGAAGUGUUUCCAGAGGAUGCUGGAGAAUACACUUGUCGUGCCGUGAAUCCUGUUGGGGAAGCGGUUUGCACAUCGUCACUUAUCGUGGAAGCGUACGAGUAUGUACCGGAUUCAGAGAUCGCUUCUUCGAUUGUUGCAACAUCUCUUACUACAGGACAAAGCGGUUCGGAGGAGGAUCUUUUAUCUCCAAAGGAAACACCUUUGUUCGACACGGAUGAGGAAUCUGCGCCGGAGAUAGUAAAAAAACUUCCUCAAUUAAUACCUAUCAAAGUCGGAGAAUUAACUAGGUUGGAAGUGAAAGUGAAAGGAAAACCAAAACCAGAAGGAAAAUGGUACAAACAGGGCGUCGAGAUCGUGCCAUCCCAAGAAUUCUUGAUCGAGGAAUUCGAAGAUGGCACUUCUGUGUUAACCAUAGCCGAAACUUAUCCAGACGAUAUGGGUGAGAUUGUGUUCGAAGUGCACAAUUCACUCGGCGUAUCGACCACGACUACCUAUCUGUCGGUAGAAGGAAUCGUCGGAACGAAGGAGUACAGAAAGCCAUCAUGGGUCACCCAGAUGGAGGAGAUGCAAGAAGCUCUAAAAGCCACGCAAUCUGUACCACGAUUCAUUCAAGAGAUUACCGAUGUUUAUGCGAAGGAAGGUGAAACCGCGGUGUUCGAAUGCAUGUACUCUGGCAAUCCUGUUCCAGAUGUUGUAUGGUACAAGAACGAUAAGAUGAUUACCAAUACCCCGAACGUGAAAAUACGUCUCUUGGACGAGGAGAAAAAGACAAUAUUGACAAUUAAACAUGCGACCGAAGAAGACGACGCCACUUACGUGUGCAAAGCUACAAGUGAGAUAGGUUUAACAACGACGAAAGCUAAACUACAUGUAACAGAAAUAACUGGCAAAAAAAUCUUCAUGGACGAAGAAGAGUUCGAAGAGCAAAUGGUAGAGGAGAAACCUAAGAAGAAGCUGGAAGAAGAGAAGCCUCAUAAGAAGAAGAAGCCAGAAAUGAAGAAGGCUAAAGAGACGAAGGAAAAAGUGAAAGGGGAACGUGUGAAGGUAGAUAAGAAGGAGUUGCAUAAAGAGAAAUUGGUUCCCAAGGAACAGCCAGAAGAAAAGAAAAUUGUAGAUAUCGAAGAAACUCAAACGCUUGAAACGACAGAAAUUAUUGAAGAACAACCGACAGAGGUAACACAAGCAAAGAAAGUGAUGCCGAUCCAAGAGCCAUUAAUAACAGAGGCAACAGCGUCACUAAAGAAAAUCGACGAUGAAAAAGCACGGGAAAUUAUACCGAAGACGGAAGAACACGCGAAGAGGGUGCUGGAGGAGCGAGAGGGAGUAGUAGUUUCAGAAAUGGCCGUCGAGGAUACGGCCCGUGAUUUCACGAUAGAAUCGGUGGUCGAUCGUGCACAGGUCACAUCGGAGACAUUGCAAACUGUCUCCGUGUCGGAAGUGCACACGGAAGCCAGCGUCCAAGAGAUCAGACGAGUGGACACGAGAAGGAAAGCAAAGAAAACCAUGGUGACAGAGGAGGAAGAGCGUCCAAGAGAAAUUGUGAUUGAGGAGAAGCCGAAAAAGAAGAAGAAGGAGAAGCUGAAAGUGAGAGAGGAGGUGACCAUCGAGGAAAUAGUGGAAAGACAGAAAGAGAAUAUCGCGAGAGAGGUGGAAGAAAUUAUGGAAACGCUUCACGCGAAAGAAUUCGGGCCAGGAGAGGCUCCUCUUCGAGAAUUGGCCACCAUCGGUUUCUUGGUACGCCAGGGUGUCUCUGUGAACGAGAUCAAUGAGAGCUUAUAUAGAACGGACAAUUUCCCUGCGCUGAAAACCCCCGAGGCUCAGAAUGCGCUUGUUCAAUUGGUCGAGAGGGAAGGUCAUGGGCCAUUGAUUACCCAAGUUCUGACGGAAGAAACAACUACUGAUGAGAGUGUGGUGGCUGCUACCAUCGGCUUCCGCGCCUUCAUGAGAAUGAUCGAGUUGCAACACGUCACCGUUGAAGAAGUUCUCACUCAUUUUGCACCGGAGGACUUCCGACCGCGAGCUUGGGAGGUUACAGAAGCCACAGAAGUUGAAACAGAGGAACGGAUUACGGAACGAGUGGAUGUCAUUCACAAAACGGAAGUUCAUUUCAUGGAGAGGAGGGACGAAAGAAAAGCCGUCCGCACGCAGGAUAUUCGAGACAUUAAAGAAUACGAGGACACACGGCAGGCACACACGACACUGCGCGAACGAAAAUUAAUGAAACCGAAGGAACAAAUCGAAGAGAGAAAGGAAGAUAGGGGCGAGGGGGUUCAGGUUGUAGAGAUCGAAGAAAUUGAGGAAACCGAAACCGGGAGGAAGAAGACAAAGGACGUGGAAGAGAUUGAGGAAGAAAUCGAAACAAUUAUCGUUGAGACAGACUCGAAGCGCAAACUGGCUCAAAAACAAAAGAAACGCAUAGAUGUAGAAGAAGAGGAAAUCAUAGAAAAAGAGAGAAAGACACUAACACCUAAAAGAUCACGUAUUAGGCGAGAUGAGAUUGAAAUGGAAGAAAUCGAAGAGUUUGAGAUAAAAGAAGAUAGAUCUAUGCCUUCUCUCAUAUUAAAUGUUCCUAGCCAACGACACCAGAUAAUACCUUUGGAUCAUACCAUCGAGCAAGCACCUGGUAAACCGGAAUUAGAAAAAGCCAAACUAACAAUGGACACCAUUACGCCGUUAACUGAGCAUUUGGUUCCUAUUCAGGAGAAAGAAAUCGAUGAUAUUAGCCAAAUUAAAAUCAUAGAACGAAAAGCAUCCUUGUCCAUUUCGCCAAUGGAACCUUAUUCUAUCAUGGAAACAACUGUCCAAGCUUCUACUGGUGAAUUCAUGAGUACUUUUAAACCUACAUUCUAUGAAGCGACACGUGGUAUCGUGCCAUCCGAAAGUUUGGUAAUCAGCGAAACUCUGGCCAACGACGCUGGAUUAUCCAGUUUAAUCAUUAAUAAACAGGAAAUCGGUAAAACAGCAGAUGUUAGUGUGACUCUUCAGGAAGCCACGACUGUUUAUGAAACCAUGGUAAGUCAAAAGGAAGCUCCAACAGAAGAUUUCGUAUCACCAUUGACUGUCAGAGCAGAAGAUACCAUCCUUCCUCAAAUAGGAUUGUCUGUGUAUGAGAUUCAGGAAGGAGUAACAGAAGAUAAGUUAGAACCCUUAAAGACUUUACCGACUAAGCCUAGAGUGAAUGUCGCUGCGGUUGAACCAUUGGUUGUGGAAGAAGUUAGAGCAGAGGACAAACCAGGAAAAUAUUACCCAGAACUUGUAGUUCCAACAGAGGUCGCCACUGAGACCAUAAUUCCUCAACGACAACGAGUGACUGAGGAAAUGUACGCACCUGAAAAGGAAGGCAUAUAUGUUCCUGGAAGAUUACCACUUAGUCAGAAAGCACAAGUUGGAAUAUCUUAUGGAAACGAAACUGCUAUAGUUCAGCAGAAUAUUGUACAGGAAAGCGAAGGGGUAUAUAUUUCAGAAAGAAAAACUGACACCUUUGAAGCUACGCCCAAUGUUACUGUUCUUGAAGGAGUUUCCGUGUCCACAGUUCAAGCUCAAGAUACUGAAAGCAAUUUGAUGAUUGAAGAAAUGAAGAAAGCAGUAGCUGACUUGAAUAUCAUUGAGAUCACAUCAGCAGUGACGAGUGAAACUGUGCCAUCUGAGAAAGAGAAAGAAUAUCAACUCGGAGAUAAACCAGCUAUCAAAACAGCUGAGACGUCUAUUUCCUUAUUGGAAAUUGGUUCCAUAGCGAGCACUAUUAUUCAAGAGUCUGAAGGAAUUUAUCAUCCUGAUCAAAAACCAACUAAAGUAUUGGCAGAGACUUCCAUCAAACCUGAAGAAUAUGUUCAAAUAUCUGAGAUUCAAACAGCGGAUUAUCCAUCUGAUUUUAAGGAAGAAUUGAAAUAUGUGCAAGAAAGUGGAACAAUUGCUGUACAAUUAAUAGAGGCUAAAAUGAUCCAAGAAACUAUGACCCAUGAUCGUGAAGCAAAAAUGGAGGAAUUAGUAAAACCAGAAAAGCAUGUUGUAGAGACAAGCUACGAUGCCAUUAAAAGUGUCGAAGUAUUCCAAACUACGUCCAUAGAGAAGGAAGCUGAUUUAAAAGUUUUCGAAAUGCCAGAAUCUCAUCAUGGAAAGACAGUACCAAUUCAUCCUGUUGUUUCAUUGGAAAUCGAAAUGACUCAACCGGAAGAUAAUUUAGGCAUGAUAAAAAAGGAAGUUCCAUCGUCUAGUAUUGCUAAAAUAGAACCUAUUGCUUUGCAAGAAACCAUAAUAGCUGAAACUGUAAUCGCUGAAGACGUGGCACCGGUUCAAAAAGACAAAAUUCCUGAAUUCAAGAUGGUCGAAGUGAUGAUGAAUGAGAUCGAGAGUUUACACACCACAAUGGUGAUAGCCAGUGAAAAAGAAGCUGAAUAUACUGAAAUUUCUGAAAUGAAAGGAGCUUAUGCUACUACAGAAUUCACUACGCAGGUGGCGCCAGUAUUUGAAGAGGUUAGAACUCACUCACCGACAGGAGAAUAUAUCUCGGAAGAGAAACCAAUCUCCGGCGAGGCUCAACCAUCACACAUUCCAUUAGAAAGUGUAACAAUUGCUAUACAAGAAUUGGCAGAAAAGGAAGAUUUGUACAUGAGUGAAAUACAGCCAAAUAAGAAGAUUGCGAUUGUCGAAUUGACCGAACCUAGACCUGGUCCAAUUAUUCUUGAAGUUAUUUCUCAUGAUCGUGAGAAUGUGUAUAGUCCUGAUGUAAAACCACAAGAUUACACCGCUGAAACUUUAGUGUCUGGUCAUAAAGUUGCAUUAAAAUCUGAGACUUUAGUGGAACAAAGCACUAUUAACAUAAGCAUCGAUAAACCUCAAUCAAAAAAGGCCAUACCGCAACGAGAUGUUUUGGAAGAAUUGAUCGUAACAGAGACAACUAUUGCCGAAACUGAAAAGACCAGAGAAGCGGAUAUUAUUCCAACUAUCCAGAAUGCAGAGAUUGAAAUUCAGUCGAAAAAAGAAAAAUUAACCGUGAUCGAGGUAACAAGUAUUCAGGAAGAAGAAAAAUUAGAAAUAGAAAAGAUACCAAAGGAAAGAAAAGUUGUUCUGGGUAUUACUGGAGGACAUGAGGUGGCAGAAAUACAAGAGACUGUUCUAGCAAGUAAUGUUAACAUUUUAAAGGAAGAAAAAAUCAAAGAAGAGCAUGCUAAUCAACAACAAAGUGGAUUAGAAGUUGUAGAGCAGACGGAAAUAUCAAUUUCUGAGAAAGAGUCUCCUCUUCAAAAAGACAUAAGACCUGAUAUCAAAAACGUUGAAGUUAUAUUCCAAGAAGGGGAAGGUAUUGUGAUAGGUAUUACGCAUCCUGAGGAUAAAGAGGGAAUAUUCACUCGAGAAGAAAAACCAAAAGGUGUAGAAGCUACAAUAGAUAUUAUUACGCAAGGAGUAGCAUCUAAAUUUGAAAUUUUGAGUGACACAGGCUUGAGUGAUUUGCCAAAUGAAAUAGUUCAAGAGAUGAAACCUAAAACCACGAUAUUACCUAUCGAAGCUGCAGUUGCUGAAGAAGUACACACCAGAGAAACAGAGGCACCAUUCAGUGAGGUUAAACCCAACGAUAAGAAAGCGAAUCUCGAGUUUGUGAUAGGCGAAGGUUUGAUUAUUUCAGCGAUUACAACUGAAGAUAAGGAGAGUCUACUUCCAGAAACUGAAAAACCGAAAACCAAAUCCGCCAGUUUAGACAUUCCAACACAUUUCGUAGCUCAGACUAUCGAGACUAAUACUACAGACAAUGUAGGCGAGUUUAAACGAGAAGAAAUGCAUAUAGCUACAGCUACAACUGAUCAUAUCACAUUCCGCAGUGUGAUUACAUCUGAAACAGCUACUGGUGAUCUUGAAAAACCGAUGGAAGACUUCAUUCAACCGGACAAGAAGAUGAUCGAUAUUUCUUUCCAGGAGGAAAAAGGCAUAACAGUCAUUGAAACAAUUACAUCAGAUAAAGAAAAAGAGUACUUCAAGAAACUAGAAAUACAAGGAGAACAAGCUACUGCAAGCUUCGAUGCGCAUAAAGUUGCACAAUUAACAGAGAUUAAUCCAGCUGCUAUUUCUGGAGAUUUAACUAUGUCUGCUCCAAUCACAGUAGCUGCUAAAGAAGAACGAUUACCAUUUGAAAGUAUUGUUCAAACAGAAACCAUCGUGUCUGAAACUGAGAAGGAAUUCAAAGAUAAACCUGUAAUCACUAAUAAAGCAGAGGUUUCUAUCAAUGAAAUCAUUAGUGCAACGACGAUUACUGAGAUUCCAGCUGAUAAAGAAGACAUUCUUCAGAUAUUUGAGAAACCAUCUGAGAAACAAGCUAGUGUACAGUUUGCUGGACACAUGAUUGCGGAAAAGACCGAAGUGACUGUCGAUUCCAGUGCUGGUAAAUUGGAGAAAGUAAAACCAGUCUCCGCAUUAGCAGUGCCAUCUAGUAUCCCCUUGGAAGCUGUGAUUAGUUCGGAAAUUCAACCAACUGAAGUUGAAGGAUCAUUUAUCAAAGACAAAAGACCAUUGAAGGCUAUAGCAGAUUUAUCUGUAAUAGAAAAACAAAGUGUACAAGUAUCAGCCGUGAUUAUGGAAGACAAAGAGGAAGAAUACAAGUCUAAAAAUUUACCAGAGAUAAAGACUGCUGGAAAGAGCCUGGUUUCUGGUCAUAUGGUAGCUGAAACGACUAUGCAAAUUGUAGAUUUCAGCACUGGAGAAUUCAUUCAAGAAAAGCCAUCAGGUGCUACCGCUAUAUCAGAACAUGUUCCGUUCAUUUCAUUGAUUGAAUCUCAACCAAUUAUACAAGAAAGUGAAGACAAAUUUAUACCAGGCCAAUUACCAGAAAACAAAAUUGCCAUUGUAGAUCUUGAAGAGAGUAAGAAAAUCGGAAUUGUGUCUCAAAUAACUCCAGCAGAUAAAGAAUCUUUAUAUAUUUCUGAAGAACAGCCAUCAAAGCGUGCAGCCUCGUUUGGAUUAGACACCAUUCAUGGAAUUGCUGAAACAACCACCAUCUCCGUAGAGGAUUCAAUAAGUGAAGUGAAAUUAGAGAAACCAGACACCAAGAAAGCAUUAACCAGUCAAGAACUGUAUCAAAGUUUGCUGAUUACGCAAGAUAUCGUUCAAGAUCGAGAGAAUAUCUUCGAAGGAAAGUUCAAGCCAACUAUUCAAAAGGUAGAAGUAUCUAUUGAAGAAGGCAAACGUGUGACUAGUGUUAUCGAAGUUAGCGCAGCCGAUAAAGAAGAGAUAUUAAAGACAAUCCAAGAAGAAAAAAUAAGAUCAAUAGUGCCGAUUAUCGUCUCCGGACACGAAGUAGCGGAAAGAUCUGAAAUUAUACCACAUUUGAGUACUGGAGAAAUGGAUAUCAUUAAACCUACUACAGUCACUGCACAAGUAGGCCAAAAACCAUUCGAAACGAUCGAGAUGAUAGAACAAGUGCUGGCAGAAAAAGAAAUAGACAAGGUCGAGAAAAUAUCACUACAGAAAACUAAUGCUCGAAUUGCCGUAGACGAAAACAGAUUUAUCGCUAUCACAGAAGCGACCACAGCACAAGAUGUCGAGGCUGAACUGUCGAUAAUUAAGAAACCUCGCGAAGAAGUGGCAAAAUCAUCGAUGGAGAGUAAAGAAGUUGCUGAACAAAUGGAAGUAAAUCUCAGAGAAGAACUGGGAAACUUACCUGUAGCGCAACGACCAACAACAUUCGAAGCUCAUCCAAUGCAGACGAUAUUGGAAAGCAUUGAUAUCAGUGAGACUGUUCCACAAGAACAUAGUGCAGUAUUUGAGGAAAGGAUGAAAAUGGAUGAACGAAGUGCGAAAGUGAGCUUCGUUGAAGGAAAAAGCAUUAAUAUUUCUCACGUUAUUUCUCAAGAUAAGGAAGAUACAAUGAUUAUACAAAAAUGUGAAGAGAGCACAGCGGAAGUGACUUUGACAAAAGUUGGAAUGGAUGUAGCACAAAAAGCUCAAGUAUUUAUUGAGCAGAGCACUGAAUUAAUUCAGCCAUUUGAGAAACGUGAGGUACAAGCUCAUCAUAAACAGGAUGCUCUAGAACCAAUUAUUGUGGAAGAAAUUCCAAGUGCAGAAAGUGAAGGAGUUUUUAACAAAUAUCCAAAAACAGUUUUUUCUACAGCAAUGCAGACAUUCGAACAAGGUCAUGGAAUAUCGAUAACGGAAGUCACUUCAGCGGAAGUGGAGUCUGUGCUGAAAGAAAAGAAAUUGGAUAUUUCGCAAACAGCUAAUAGUACUCUUAUCAUGGAACGUAACAUCGUUGAAACAACUAUGAUUGAAUCUCAAAUUAGCAUACCGGAUAAGAUAGAACAAGUAAGCAUGAAGCCUCAAGUAGCUAUUCCUGAACAAGAUACUUUCGAGAGCAUUAUCGUGAACGAGAACAUAGUGGAAGAAAGCGAAUCCACAUUCGAAGGUGUGUUCAAACCUCAGACUCAAAAAGCAGAUAUCGACAUACAAAAAGUAACAUCACUUCAGGUAUCAGAAACUAUCACGGAAGAUAAGGAAAGUGUUUUCGAUGUAGUACCUAAACGAGAAGUUAAAGCUACCCAGGAUAUGAAUUUGCACGAAACCGUGAUUGGAUCUUUAGUAGAAAGUGUUCAGAGUAUUCAGGAAAUUCACGAAGAAAAACGAAUAUCGUCUCAAGCCACAAUGGCUCAAACAGAGAUAGAAACAGCUGUAAAAAUAGAGACAACUGUUAGCGAAAGAGAAGGCACAUUUGAAGAAAAAGAUUUUAAACUUGAACAACAAAAAGGCAAACCUCAGAUGGAAGGACUCAGCACUGUCAUUGUUACGGAAAUUAUUUCUAAUGAAAUUGAAGAUAUUUUACCAGUAACAGUUAUACCCAAAGAACAACAGGCUCAACCUAUUCUUACAGGCAGAGAAGUUCCGGAAAUAACACAAGUGAUUGCUGCAUCGACUACUGAAGAAUUCGAAAAAGUAACUCAAUUAAAAAAACAGCAAGGCAAAAUAGAAAUGGAAGAGAUGUCUUCUGUCACAAUUUCUGAAGUAAUCUCUAAUGAAACCGAAGAUAUAUUUGCUUUGAAAACCAUGCCUAAAGAUCAGAAAGCAAACUUUAAUAUUUUAGGCCAUGAAAUCGCAGAAACAUCUCAAGUGAUCAGUAUAAUAGAAACAGAAAACCUUACAUUGAAGAGACCCGAAGAACAAAAGGGAAAACCUAAAUUAGAUGAACUGACACCUCUCACAGUUUCACAUGUGGUAUCUGAAGAAGCAGAGGAAACAUUGUCAUUGGCUGAAAUUCCAAAAGAAAAAACAGCUCAGCCAAGUUUGACCGGAAGAGAUGUUGCAGAGAUCAUGCAAGUAUUAGCUAUUGCUAGUGCCGAGGAACUCAUAGCAUCUAAAGCUCCAGAAGAACAGAAAGGUAAGCUACAAAUGGAGGAAUUCGCACCUUUAACUGUCUCGCAAGUUGUUUCUCAAGAAACAGAGGAAACAUUACCUACACCGGAAAUACCGAUCGAAAGAGAAGCUCAACCCAGCCUUAUAAGCAGAGACGUGGCACAAACAAUGGAAAUAUUGACUAUGGCAAAUAUUGAUACUUUAGCUGAAGAUAAAAAGCCUGGAGAACAGAAAGGUGUUCCUGGUUUGGAGGAAUUUGUUCCUUUAUCCGUAUUGCAGACGAUUUCCACGGAAACAGAGGAUGUGUUAGCCAGUCCUAAAGUACCGACAGAGAAAAUUGCUCAAUCGAGUUUGACUGGUCACGAUGUGGCAGAGACAACUCAAAUAUUGACUAUGAUCGCUGCUAAGGAAUUAAUAGCUGAUUGUGUACCAGAAAAGCAAAAAGGAAGACCAAAUAUAGAAGAAUUGACAUCCGUUAUGGUUUCUCAAACAGUAUCUCAUGAGACCGAAGAGACAUUAGACAAACAGAUAGCUCCAAGUGCAGCGAUAGCUAGGCCUGCAUUAUUGGGAAGAGAAGUUGCUGAGACUAGUCAAGUUCUUACAAUGACUAACGUAGAAGAAUUGCAAAAAUCUGUUCUACCAGAGCAACAAAAAGGAAAACCAAACGUGGAGGAACUGACUUCUAUCACGGUUUCUCAAACAAUAUCUCAUGAGAUUGAAGAAACAUUAGAGAAAGAGGUAGCUCCGAGUGUAGUGAUUGCUAAACCUGCAUUGACAGGUAGAGAAGUCGCUGAAGUCAGUCAAAUUCAUACUGUAGCUAGUGUAGAGGAACUAGAAAAAGAUAAACUACCUGAGCAACAGAAAGGAAAACCAAAUGUGGAGGAACUGACUUCUAUCACGAUUUCUCAAACGAUGUCUCAUGAAACUGAAGAGGUAUUGGAGAAACAGGUAACUCCAAGUACAAUGAUUGCUAAACCUGCACUGACAGGUAGAGAAGUCGCUGAAGUUAGUCAGGUUCAUACUGUGACUAAUGUAGAAGAAUUAGAAAAAGAUAAACUACCGGAACAACAGAAAGGAAAACCAAACGUGGAGGAAUUGACUUCUAUCACAGUUUCUCAAACAAUAUCUCAUGAGAUCGAAGAAACAUUGGAAAAACAGCUAGCUCCCAGUGUAGUCAUUGCUAAACCUGCACUGACAGGUAGAGAAGUCGCUGAAGUUAGUCAGGUUCAUACUGUGACUAAUGUAGAAGAAUUAGAAAAAGAUAAACUACCGGAACAACAGAAAGGAAAACCAAACGUGGAGGAAUUGACUUCUAUCACAGUUUCUCAAACAAUAUCUCAUGAGAUCGAAGAAACAUUGGAAAAACAGCUAGCUCCCAGUGUAGUCAUUGCUAAACCUGCACUGACAGGUAGAGAAGUCGCUGAAGUCAAUCAAAUUCUUACUGUAGCUAGUGUAGAGGAACUAGAAAAAGAUAAAUUACCUGAGCAACAGAAAGGAAAACCAAACGUGGAGGAAUUGACUUCUAUCACGAUUUCUCAAACGAUGUCUCAUGAAACUGAAGAGAUAUUGGAGAAACAGAUAACUCCAAAUAGAAUGAUUGCUAAACCUGCAUUAACAGGUAGAGAAGUCGCUGAAGUCAGUCAAAUUCUUACUAUGGUCAGUGUAGAGGAAUUAGAAAAGAGUAAAUUACCGGAACAACAGAAAGGAAAACCAAAUGUGGAGGAACUGACUUCUAUCACAGUUUCUCAAACAGUGUUUCAUGAGACUGAAGAGACAUUGGAAAAACAAGUAGCUCCAAAUAUAGUGAUUGCCAAACCUACACUGGCAGGUAGAGAAGUCGCCGAAGUCAGUCAAAUUCUUACUAUGGCUAGUGUAGAGGAAUUAGAAAAAGAUAAAUUACCAGAACAACAAAAAGGAAAACCAAACGUGGAGGAAUUGACUUCUAUCACGGUUUCUCAAACGAUGUCUCAUGAGACCGAAGAGACAUUGGAGGAACAGAUAGCUCCAAGUGCAGCGACAGCUAUUCCUGCAUUAUUAGGAAGAGAGAUUGCUGAGACUAGUCAAGUUCUUACAGUGACUAGCAUAGAAGAACUAGAAAAACGUACAUUGCCCGAAGAACAGAAAGGAAAACCAAGAUUGGACGAACUGACAUCCAUAACAGUUUCUCAAAUAGUAUCGAUUGAGUUAGAAGAUAAAUUACCAUCUCCUGAGAAGCCAAGCGAAAAGGUCGCACAACCGCAGAUGGCUGGUAGAGAAGUAGCUCAAAAAACAGAGAUUCUAACAGUGACUAAUGUCGAAGAAUUGGAGAAAUCGGAGAAACCAGAAGGUCAAAAAGGUAGACCGGAUGUGGAGGAACUGAGUUUUCUCACCAUUUCCGAAGUAGUGUCCACAGAAGCAGAAAAAGAAUUACCUGCACCAAAAGCUCCCAAAGAACAUAAAGCGCUUCCACAAUUGGAUAGUAUUGAAGUAGCAGAAACGUCUGAAGUAUUAACAAUAACAACUACAGAAGAACUUCCAAAAUCUAAAGUUCCUGAAGAACAGAAAGGAAAACCUCAAUUAGAGGAAUUGCUUUCUUUAUCUGUCUCAGAAAUUGCAUUUGGUGAGAUGGAAAAGAAUCUUGCUACUCCAGAUGAACCCACCAUUCAAAUAGCUAAGCCUAGCUUGAUAAGCAUCCAAGUUGCUCAGAAAUCUCAAGUAAUUCCAUCAGUUACGGCUGGAGAAUUGCAAAAAGAGAUAAAACCAGUUGCCAAACAAAUAAUUCCUGAACAGAUACCAUUCGAGAGUAUCGAGCAAUUGCAAGCAAUGACCCAGGAAAGCGAGGAUAUUUUCGUUGUGGAAAAAAUAGCCAAAUCAGUCACAGCUGAAAUGUCGUUCCGCAUGUCUGAAAGCGUGGAAGUAACACAGAUAAUGGCUACGGAACAAGAAUCAAAAGAGGUGAUUAAAGGCGUUGCCAAAGAAGUUUCUGCUCAACCUGACGUGAUUAAACACGAAGUUGCUUUGAAAACAGAAGUCCAGUUAGCAGACGUGGUUGAUGAAUUCAAAGUGAUGAAACCGGAAAGCAAGAUAGCCAAAGACGUAGACGAGAUUCAACAGAGUGUAAUCGUUACAGAACCACUGAGUGCCGGUGAGAUUGAGUCAGAAAUGCCCGAGUCUGUAUUACCUUCCGCGAAGUUAGCGAAUAUUAUUGUCGAGGCAGAACACCUGGAACAUGUUGUGGAAACUACAGAAGUACCAGCGCAACAACAUCACAUCACAAUCACACAACACACAACAAAACACGAUACGCCACAGUUGAUUGAAUCAGAUACUGAGGUAAUAGAAGAAUAUACGACGAAAUUUAGACGUGGAAGCAAAGAGGAUGAGACCGCGGCAGUUAAAACCAAGAAAACAAUUAUACGUAAGAAAAAGCCACAGAACGAAGAAGACAACGUCGUCGUCAUUGAGGAAGAAUUAGAGGAUAUCAAGCCAAAAAUACCAACGAUACCAAAGAAACAAUUUAUGCCGAUUGAAGAAAUAACGACUACAAUAGAUGUCGAAGAAAUUAUACCGACCAGAAUAGAAGAGGCAGAGGAAACAGUGCAAAAAGAAGAGCAAAAAAUACAAGAAGAAGAGAUUCAGAUUCAAGAUAUAGAAAUUAACAAAGAUACAAAAACAAUUAAACAUAAACGAGGAAAAACACAAAAAAUUACAGAAAAACUUAGGCUAGAAGAAAAACAAAAGUUACCAGUAACAACAAUAGAAACAAAGCCAACUGAAACAUCAGAAAAAGUUGAAAUCAAAGUGAAAGGAGAAAUACCAGUAAAAGAAGAAGUACCAGAAGAAGAAACGAAACCAUUCGCAACAUUAAAAUAUAUUACACCUAGAGUACAAGUUGAAGAACAAACGACAGUGACAGUAGAAACAACAAAAGAAGGUAAACCGAAAAAGACAAUAAAAAAGAAAAUAAUUACAAAAAAAGGUAAGCAACAACAAGAGACAGAAGUAGUUACAGUUGAAGAGGACGGGAAGGCUCCAGAAACAACAGUAAUAGAAGGACCAAUAGAGGAAAUAGUACAAGAAAUAAUAAAAACUCUACCUGCAGAAGAAAAGGCUAAGACUAUGGAAGUAGAAGAGGUAAAGGAACAGGUUACUGUCACCGAGGAAAUAACGAAACUCGGUAAACCAAAGAAGACUACCAAAAAGAAAAUCAUUAAGCGCCGUGGAAAAGAACAACAAGUGACAGAAAUAAUAACAGUUGAAGAGGAAGGGAAAGCUCCUGAAACAACUAUGACAGAAGGACCAUUAGAAGAAAUUGUUGAAGAAACAGUAAAACCUCUUCCUGCUCUAGAAACAGUUAAGCCUACCGAAGUAGAAGAGGUAAAGGAACAGGUUACUGUCACCAAGGAAAUAACGAAACUCGGUAAACCAAAGAAGACUACCAAAAAGAAAAUUAUCAAACGACGUGGAAAAGAACAACAAGUGACAGAAGUGGUUACAGUUGAAGAGGAAGGAAAAGCUCCUGAAACAACUGUGAUAGAAGGACCAUUAGAAGAAAUUGUUGAAGAAACAGUAAAACCUGUUCCUGCUCUAGAAACAGCUAAACCUAUCGAAGUAGAAGAGGUAAAGGAACAGGUUACUGUCACCGAGGAAAUAACGAAACUCGGUAAACCAAAGAAGACUACUAAAAAGAAAAUUAUCAAACGACGUGGAAAAGAACAACAAGUGACAGAAGUGGUUACAGUUGAAGAGGAAGGGAAAGCUCCUCAGACAACUGUAACAGAAGGACCACUAGAGGAAAUUGUUGAAGAAACAAUAAAACCUCUUCCUGCUCUAGAAACAGCUAAGCCUACCGAAGUAGAAGAGGUAAAGGAACAGGUUACUGUCACCGAGGAAAUAACGAAACUCGGUAAACCAAAGAAGACUACUAAAAAGAAAAUUAUCAAACGACGUGGAAAAGAACAACAAGUGACAGAAGUGGUUACAGUUGAAGAGGAAGGAAAAGCUCCUGAAACAACUGUGACAGAAGGACCAUUAGAAGAAAUUGUUGAAGAAACAGUAAAACCUCUUCCUGCUCUAGAAACAGCUAAACCUACCGAAGUAGAAGAGGUAAAGGAACAGGUUACUGUCACCGAGGAAAUAACGAAACUCGGUAAACCAAAGAAGACUACUAAAAAGAAAAUUAUCAAACGACGUGGAAAAGAACAACAAGUGACAGAAGUGGUUACAGUUGAAGAGGAGGGGAAAGCUCCUGAAACAACUGUGACAGAAGGACCAUUAGAAGAAAUUGUUGAAGAAACAGUAAAACCUGUUCCUGCUCUAGAAACAGCUAAACCUACCGAAGUAGAAGAGGUAAAGGAACAGGUUACUGUCACCGAGGAAAUAACGAAACUCGGUAAACCAAAGAAGACUACUAAAAAGAAAAUUAUCAAACGACGUGGAAAAGAACAACAAGUGACAGAGGUGGUUACAAUUGAAGAGGAAGGGAAAGUUCCUCAGACAACUGUAACAGAAGGACCACUAGAGGAAAUUGUUGAAGAAACAAUAAAGCCUCUUCCUGCUCCAGAAAUGGCUAAGCCUACCGAAGUAGAAGAGGUAAAGGAACAGGUUACUAUCACCGAGGAAAUAACAAAAUUAGGCAAACCAAAGAAGACUACUAAAAAGAAAAUUAUCAAACGACGUGGAAAAGAACAACAAGUGACAGAAGUGGUUACAGUUGAAGAGGAGGGGAAAGCUCCUGAAACAACUGUGAUAGAAGGACCAUUAGAAGAAAUUGUUGAAGAAACAAUAAAACCUCUUCCUGCUCUAGAAACAGCUAAGCCUACCGAAGUAGAAGAGGUAAAGGAACAGGUUACUGUCACCGUGGAAGUAACGAAUCUCGGUAAACCAAAGAAGACUACAAAAAAGAAAAUUAUCAAACGACGUGGAAAAGAACAACAAGUGACAGAAGUGGUUACAGUUGAAGAGGAAGGAAAAGCUCCUGAAACAACUGUGACAGAAGGACCAUUAGAAGAAAUUGUUGAAGAAACAGUAAAACCUCUUCCUGCUCUAGAAACUGCUAAGCCUACCGAAGUAGAAGAGGUAAAAGAACAGGUUACUGUCACCGAGGAAAUAACGAAACUCGGUAAACCAAAGAAGACUACUAAAAAGAAAAUUAUCAAACGUCGUGGAAAAGAACAACAAGUGACAGAAGUGGUUACAGUUGAAGAGGAAGGGAAAGCUCCUGAAACAACUGUGACAGAAGGACCAUUAGAAGAAACUGUUAAAGAAACAGUAAAACCUGUUCCUGCUCUAGAAACAGCUAAACCUACCGAAGUAGAAGAGGUAAAGGAACAGGUUACUGUCACCGAGGAAAUAACGAAACUCGGUAAACCAAAGAAGACUACUAAAAAGAAAAUUAUCAAACGACGUGGAAAAGAACAACAAGUGACAGAAGUGGUUACAAUUGAAGAGGAAGGGAAAGCUCCUGAAACAACUAUGACAGAAGGACAAUUAGAAGAAAUUGUUGAAGAAACAGUAAAACCUGUUCCUGCUCUAGAAACAGCUAAACCUACCGAAGUAGAAGAGGUAAAGGAACAGGUUACUGUCACCGAGGAAAUAACGAAACUCGGUAAACCAAAGAAGACUACUAAAAAGAAAAUUAUCAAACGACGUGGAAAAGAACAACAAGUGACAGAAGUGGUUACAGUUGAAGAGGAAGGGAAAGCUCCUGAAACAACUGUGACAGAAGGACCUUUAGAAGAAAUUGUUGAAGAAACAGUAAAACCUCUUCCUUCUCUAGAAACAGCUAAACCUACCGAAGUAGAAGAGGUAAAGGAACAGGUUACUGUCACCGAGGAAAUAACGAAACUCGGUAAACCAAAGAAGACUACUAAAAAGAAAAUUAUCAAACGUCGUGGAAAAGAACAACAAGUGACAGAAGUUGUUACAGUUGAAGAGGAAGGGAAAGCUCCUGAAACAACUAUGACAGAAGGACAAUUAGAAGAAAUUGUUGAAGAAACAGUAAAACCUGUUCCUGCUCUAGAAACAGCUAAACCUACCGAAGUAGAAGAGGUAAAGGAACAGGUUACUGUCACCGAGGAAAUAACGAAACUCGGUAAACCAAAGAAGACUACUAAAAAGAAAAUUAUCAAACGACGUGGAAAAGAACAACAAGUGACAGAGGUGGUUACAAUUGAAGAGGAAGGGAAAGUUCCUCAGACAACUGUAACAGAAGGACCACUAGAGGAAAUUGUUGAAGAAACAAUAAAGCCUCUUCCUGCUCCAGAAAUGGCUAAGCCUACCGAAGUAGAAGAGGUAAAGGAACAGGUUACUAUCACCGAGGAAAUAACAAAAUUAGGCAAACCAAAGAAGACUACUAAAAAGAAAAUUAUCAAACGACGUGGAAAAGAACAACAAGUGACAGAAGUGGUUACAGUUGAAGAGGAGGGGAAAGCUCCUGAAACAACUGUGACAGAAGGACCAUUAGAAAAAAUUGUUGAAGAAACAGUAAAACCUCUUCCUGCUCUAGAAACAGCUAAGCCUACCGAAGUAGAAGAGGUAAAGGAACAGGUUACUGUCACCGUGGAAGUAACGAAUCUCGGUAAACCAAAGAAGACUACUAAAAAAAUUAUCAAACGACGUGGAAAAGAACAACAAGUGACAGAAGUGGUUACAGUUGAAGAGGAAGGAAAAGCUCCUGAAACAACUGUGACAGAAGGACCAUUAGAAGAAAUUGUUGAAGAAACAGUAAAACCUCUUCCUGCUCUAGAAACUGCUAAGCCUACCGAAGUAGAAGAGGUAAAAGAACAGGUUACUGUCACCGAGGAAAUAACGAAACUCGGUAAACCAAAGAAGACUACUAAAAAGAAAAUUAUCAAACGUCGUGGAAAAGAACAACAAGUGACAGAAGUGGUUACAGUUGAAGAGGAAGGGAAAGCUCCUGAAACAACUGUGACAGAAGGACCAUUAGAAGAAAUUGUUGAAGAAACAGUAAAACCUCUUCCUGCUCUAGAAACAGCUAAACCUACCGAAGUAGAAGAGGUAAAGGAACAGGUUACUGUCACCGAGGAAAUAACGAAACUCGGUAAACCAAAGAAGACUACCAAAGAGAAAAUUAUCAAACGACGUGGAAAAGAACAACAAGUGACAGAAGUGGUUACAAUUGAAGAGGAAGGGAAAGCUCCUGAAACAACUAUGACAGAAGGACCAUUAGAAGAAAUUGUUGAAGAAACAGUAAAACCUCUUCCUGCUCUAGAAACAGCUAAACCUACCGAAGUAGAAGAGGUAAAGGAACAGGUUACUGUCACCGAGGAAAUAACGAAACUUGGUAAACCAAAGAAGACUACUAAAAAGAAAAUUAUCAAACGUCGUGGAAAAGAACAACAAGUGACAGAAGUUGUUACAGUUGAAGAGGGGAAAACUCCUGAAACAACUGUGACAGAAGGACCAUUAGAAGAAAUUGUUGAAGAAAUAGUAAAACCUGUUCCUGCUCUAGAAACAGCUAAACCUACCGAAGUAGAAGAGGUAAAGGAACAGGUUACUGUCACCGAGGAAAUAACGAAACUCGGUAAACCAAAGAAGACUACUAAAAAGAAAAUUAUCAAACGACGUGGAAAAGAACAACAAGUGACAGAGGUGGUUACAAUUGAAGAGGAAGGGAAAGUUCCUCAGACAACUGUAACAGAAGGACCACUAGAGGAAAUUGUUGAAGAAACAAUAAAGCCUCUUCCUGCUCCAGAAAUGGCUAAGCCUACCGAAGUAGAAGAGGUAAAGGAACAGGUUACUAUCACCGAGGAAAUAACAAAAUUAGGCAAACCAAAGAAGACUACUAAAAAGAAAAUUAUCAAACGACGUGGAAAAGAACAACAAGUGACAGAAGUGGUUACAGUUGAAGAGGAGGGGAAAGCUCCUGAAACAACUGUGACAGAAGGACCAUUAGAAAAAAUUGUUGAAGAAACAGUAAAACCUCUUCCUGCUCUAGAAACAGCUAAACCUACCGAAGUAGAAGAGGUAAAGGAACAGGUUACUGUCACCGAGGAAAUAACGAAACUCGGUAAACCAAAGAAGACUACUAAAAAGAAAAUUAUCAAACGUCGUGGAAAAGAACAACAAGUGACAGAAGUGGUUACAGUUGAAGAGGAAGGAAAAGCUCCUGAAACAACUGUGACAGAAGGACCAUUAGAAGAAAUUGUUGAAGAAACAGUAAAACCUGUUCCUGCUCUAGAAACAGCUAAACCUACCGAAGUAGAAGAGGUAAAGGAACAGGUUACUGUCACCGAGGAAAUAACGAAACUCGGUAAACCAAAGAAGACUACUAAAAAGAAAAUUAUCAAACGUCGUGGAAAAGAACAACAAGUGACAGAAGUGGUUACAAUUGAAGAGGAAGGGAAAGCUCCUGAAACAACUGUGACAGAAGGACCAUUAGAAGAAAUUGUUGAAGAAACAAUAAAACCUCUUCCUGCUCCAGAAAUGGCUAAGCCUACCGAAGUAGAAGAGGUAAAGGAACAGGUUACUAUCACCGAGGAAAUAACAAAAUUAGGCAAACCAAAGAAGACUACUAAAAAGAAAAUUAUCAAACGACGUGGAAAAGAACAACAAGUGACAGAAGUGGUUACAGUUGAAGAGGAGGGGAAAGCUCCUGAAACAACUGUGAUAGAAGGACCAUUAGAAGAAAUUGUUGAAGAAACAAUAAAACCUCUUCCUGCUCUAGAAACUGCUAAGCCUACCGAAGUAGAAGAGGUAAAGGAACAGGUUACUGUCACCGAGGAAAUAACGAAACUCGGUAAACCAAAGAAGACUACUAAAAAGAAAAUUAUCAAACGUCGUGGAAAAGAACAACAAGUGACAGAAGUGGUUACAGUUGAAGAGGAAGGGAAAGCUCCUGAAACAACUGUGACAGAAGGACCAUUAGAAGAAAUUGUUGAAGAAACAAUAAAACCUCUUCCUGCUCUAGAAACAGCUAAGUCUACCGAAGUAGAAGAGGUAAAGGAACAGGUUAUUGUCACCGUGGAAAUAACGAAACUCGGUAAACCAAAGAAGACUACAAAAAAGAAAAUUAUCAAACGACGUGGAAAAGAACAACAAGUGACAGAAGUAAUAACAGUUGAAGAGGAAGGGAAAGCUCCUCAGACAACUGUAACAGAAGGACCAUUAGAAGAAAUCGUUGAAGAAACAAUAAAACCUCUUCCUGCUCCAGAAAUGGCUAAGCCUACCGAAGUAGAAGAGGUAAAGGAACAGGUUACUGUCACCGAGGAAAUAACGAAACUCGGUAAACCAAAGAAGACUACUAAAAAGAAAAUUAUCAAACGACGUGGAAAAGAACAACAAGUGACAGAAGUGGUUACAGUUGAAGAGGAAGGAAAAGCUCCUGAAACAACUGUGACAGAAGGACCAUUAGAAGAAAUUGUUGAAGAAACAGUAAAACCUCUUCCUGCUCUAGAAACUGCUGAGCCUAGCGAAGUAGAAGAGGUAAAAGAACAGGUUACUGUCACCGAGGAAAUAACGAAACUCGGUAAACCAAAGAAGACUACUAAAAAGAAAAUUAUCAAACGUCGUGGAAAAGAACAACAAGUGACAGAAGUGGUUACAGUUGAAGAGGAGGGGAAAACUCCUGAAACAACUGUGACAGAAGGACCAUUAGAAGAAAUUGUUGAAGAAACAAUAAAACCUCUUCCUGCUACAGAAAUGGCUAAGCCUACCGAAGUAGAAGAGGUAAGGGAACAAGUUAUUGUCACCGAGGAAAUAACGAAAAUCGGUAAACCAAAGAAGACUACUAAAAAGAAAAUUAUCAAACGUCGUGGAAAAGAACAACAAGUGACAGAAGUGGUUACAGUUGAAGAGGAAGGGAAAGCUCCUCAGACAACUGUAACAGAAGGACCACUAGAGGAAAUUGUUGAAGAAACAAUAAAACCUCUUCCUGCUCCAGAAAUGGCUAAGCCUACCGAAGUAGAAGAGAUAAAGGAACAGGUUACUGUCACCGAGGAAAUAACGAAACUCGGUAAACCAAAGAAGACUACUAAAAAGAAAAUUAUCAAACGACGUGGAAAAGAACAACAAGUGACAGAAGUGGUUACAGUUGAAGAGGAAGGAAAAGCUCCUGAAACAACUGUGACAGAAGGACCAUUAGAAGAAAUUGUUGAAGAAACAGUAAAACCUGUUCCUGCUCUAGAAACAGCUAAGCCUACCGAAGUAGAAGAGGUAAAGGAACAGGUUACUGUCACCGAGGAAAUAACGAAACUUGGUAAACCAAAGAAGACUACUAAAAAGAAAAUUAUCAAACGACAUGGAAAAGGACAACAAGUGACAGAAGUGGUUACAGUUGAAGAGGAAGGGAAAGCUCCUCAGACAACUGUAACAGAAGGACCACUAGAGGAAAUUGUUGAAGAAACAAUAAAACUUCUUCCUGCUCCAGAAAUGGCUAAGCCUACCGAAGUAGAAGAGGUAAUGGAACAGGUUACUGUCACCGAGGAAAUAACGAAACUCGGUAAACCAAAGAAAACUACAAAAAAGAAAAUCAUUAAGCGCCGUGGAAAAGAACAACAAGUGACAGAAGUGAUUACAGUUGAAGAGGAAGGGAAAUCUCCUCAGAUAUCUAUAACAGAAGGGCCUAUGGAGAAUAUUAUAGAAGAAACAAUUGAAAUUCUUCCUGUUCUAGAAAAGGUGAAACCUACGGAAAUGGAAGAGGUAAUGGAACAGGUAACUGUUAGAGAGGAAAUAUCCAAAGAAGGCAAACCUAAAAAGGUCACGAAGAAGAAAGUAAUUAGACGUAAAGGAAAGGAGCAACAGAUGACUGAAUUCGUUACUAUUGAUGAGCAAGGAAAGGCUCCGGUCACAUCUGUUACUGAAACUCCAGUAGAAGAAGUAGUUGACGAAAUUAUAAUAUCACUUCCCUCGCUUGACCACGUCAAGCCUACAGAAGUGGAAGAAGUUCGUGAACAGGUAACCGUGAUUGAAGAUGUAACUGAAGAAGGUAAACCUAAAAAAAUCGUUAAAAAGAAAACAAUCAAACGAAAAGGAAGAGAGCAACAAGUCUCAGAGGUUAUUACGGUUGAAGUACAAGACAAACCUCCAAUAACUACUAUCACUGAUGGUCCUAUUGAAGAAAUAGUUGAAGAAACAAUAAAAGCUUUGCCUGUUAAACUAGGUAUAGUAGAAGAAAUCCGUGAACAAGUCACUGUCAUUCAAGAAAUAACUAAAGAAGAUAAGCCAAAGAAGACAACUAAAAAGAAAAUUAUCAAACUCAAAGGCAAAGAACAGCGAGUAACUGAUGUUAUUACAGUUGAAGAACAAGGAAAGGAACCUGUUACAACUAUCACUGAAGGCCCGGUUGAAGAAGUGAUUGAAGAAAUGAUAAAAUUAUCACCAAUUUUAGAACGAAUGAAACCAUCAGAGACAGAACAAAUUCGUGAACAAGUGACUAUUGCUGAAGAAAUAAAGGAAGGCAAACCUAAGAAAAAGAUUAUUAAAAAAAAGGAAAUUAAACAAAAAGGAAGAGAACAACAAGUGAUCGAAACUAUAACUGUUGAAGAGGAAGGAAAGCUUCCAGUUACAACGAUUACCAAAGGUCCUACAGAAGAAAUAAUCGAAGAAAGUCUGAAAAUUCUAUCUGUUCCAGAAUAUGUUAAAUCAGAUGAAUUAGAAGAGAUUCGUAAACAAGUUAUUGUCACACAAGAAAUGACUGUGGAAGGUAAAUCUAAGCAAAUUACGAAGCAAAAGACAAUAAAACGUAAAGGAAAGAAACAACAAGUGACAGAAGUUGUACUAGUUGAAGAGGAAGGCAAAUCUCCUGUCACAACUAUCACUAAAGGUCCUAUCGAGGAAAUUGUGAAAGAAACUGUAAGAGCACUUCCUACUCUAGAACGUGUGGAACCAACAAAAGUGAAAGAAGUAGUUGAAGAUGUAACUGAAAUUGUUACCGAGAAAAGUAAACCAAAAAUCGUUAAAAAGAAAAUUCCUAAGAAAGUUUCUAAGAAAGUGUCUGUUCCUAAAGAAGAAAAAGAAGAAAUUCCAGAAGUUCCUGAAAUUUUUGAAGUUCCAUUAGGAAAACUUAAGAAACCAGUUAAACUUGAACGUCUCAAAGUAACUAAAGUCGAAGCCACGAAACUCGAAGUACAAGAAAUACCUACGAAUAAACCUCAAUUUGCACAAAUUAAAUUGCGUAAAACUCCAACUGUGAAACGUCCCGUAGAAAAGAAAGAAAAAAUUCCUCAAGUUCUUCUUCGAAGUCGAAUUACACCUAUAGAAUGGCCUUCAGCUGUAAAAUAUUUGAAAAUCGAGGAAUUUGAACCGAACAAAGUUCAAAAUGGCAUUUUAUCUCGCAAUGUUGAAGAAACUGCCAUUUUAUCAAAACCUAAAAAGAAGAAGGUAAAACGUUUGGAAAAAGAAAUAGCCAAACUGGAAAAACUGGAUCAAGAAUUCGAGGAAUUGAAAAAAGAAUUACCUCUGGAAAAACUUGAAGAGUCUCUAAUAGAGAAACCAGAAAAGAAAGUGAAGAAAAAGAAACUUGUUGAAAAGAUUAAAGGUGAAAAACCAAAGUUGAUGAAGAUGACCAUUAAAGAACAGAAACCUAUCAAACCGAAAAUUGAGGAACCAGUUACUCCUCUGUUUGCACGAAUUAAACUAAAAAAAGCACCUAUUAAACCAAAAAAGAAAGAAGAUAAAGAUGAAAUCAAGUUCCCUAAGGUUUUAUUACGCAGUCAUAUCACGGAACAUGAAUGGCCACCAUCUAUCAAAUAUCCUAUUAUCACUGAACUUGAACCUAAUUAUGUGCAGAAUGGUGAACUAUCUCGCACUAUGGAAGAAGCAUUGAAACUAAAGAAAGUGAAACACAAGAAAGUAAAACUUCCAGAAAAAGAAAUAACAGAAUUGGAAAAACUGGAUCAAGAGUUCGAGAAAUUAGAGAAAAUUCCAUUAGAAAAAGAAGAAGAAAUAGCAUCGUAUGAACGUAAGCCUAAAUUCAAAGAAGAAGAAGAAGAAAAGAAACCGAAAAAAUUGAAAAUAGGUAAAGGAAAGCCUCGGCCUGCGGAAGAGGAGGAGCCAGAAGUAAUCAAAUUGAAUAAAAUACCGGAAAAAGUUCCAAGUGUUUCAGAAAAGCUUGUUCCUAUUGCAAAGAAAAAAGAUGAAAUAGAUAGACCUGAAAAAGAGAAAAAAGAGAAAGAAUAUCCUGAAUUAAAACCAUUCGAACCAUACGAAAUAGAAACAACCGAAAUAGAAUUAGAAGAACUAGAAAAAUUAGAAUAUCCAAAGAAACCAGAGAAAAUGCCUAAAAAGACGCUAACUAAGAAACUGAAGAAAGAACACAAAAUACCGGCUCAGGAAACUGAAGCUGUUCCAAUAGUACCCGGUGUUCCAAAAUCGAGAGAAUCUCAAGAAGAAGAAGAAAUUAAAAGAAGAAUUCCUGAAUAUGAAGCUUUAAAAGAGGAGCCAGAGAAAAUUAAACUGAAACCUUGGAAGAAAUCUGAAAAAGAAAAAGAGCAAGAAAAGAAAUCUAAGUAUUAUCUAAAAUUCGUUCCCAAAGACGACGAUGUUGUUGAAACUGUCGAGAUUGUUACGACCGUGAACACGGAAGAAACACCAGAAAAGAAACAACGAAAAAUUAAAAAGAAAAAAACCACAACGAAACGGAGAAACGAGAAACCGAAAGUUGUCGAAGAGAUAACGAUAGAAGAAGAGGGUAUAGAGCCUAUAGUAACGGUCGAAGAAAUUGUCGAGGAUAAACUCGAAGCCGUAUCGGUCGAAUUGAAACCUAUGCUCGUUGAAGAAAUCAAAGAAGAGAUAAUAACAAGCGAGAUCAUGAAUGAGGACGGAACAAAGAAAAUGGUGCGCAAAAAGCGCGUCACAAGAAAACGCGAAGGUAAAGAACAGAUCACCGAAGAGGUGGUCGUGGAAGAGGAAGGUAAAGAACCAUUAACAGCAACAACAGAACUUCACGAAGACACUACACAAGAAAUACACGAAAAACCAAAACACAAAAGACCAACAAAACCAAAAGCUGACGAGAAAGUGACGGAAGAUAUCACGAAGGAAGUUGUAGAACAGAAAAUUGUUGAGGAAAUCAAGAAAAUACCAAAGAUUGUCAAAAAGAUUAUUAAGAAAAAACCUCUUAAAACUAAAGAUGAAGUAACAGAGGAAGUAGAAGAAAUAAUAAUAGAGCAACCUGAUGAACAAGAAGCACAACCAAUCAUGGAGGAACUAGAAACAGUGACAAUCACUGAACAUGAUGUACGAAAGAUACCGAAGAAAAAGAAAGAAGUCAUUAUUAAGGAGGAAGAGGAGAUCUUUGAGACGAUCGAGACACCAACCCAAAAAAUUAUUAAGAAGAAGAUUCGUCCUAUGAAGAAAGGAGGAGAAGAAAUCGUGGUGGAAGAAAUAAUUCAGAAACCACGCGAGGAAACCAUAGAAAUGGAGGAACAAAAAAUAGUAGAAGUGAUCGAGACACCUACAAAGAAAGUAGUGAAGAAAAUAAAAGAGAUAGUAAAAGAUGACGGUAUACCCGAAGAGAUUAUUGAAGAGAUCGUAAUCGAAAAACCACAGAAAGAAAAAGCGAAAUCUAUCGUGGAAGAAGAAAAGGAAAAGAUCAAAAUAACGAAAAUUGAUCUGAAACAAGCACCCAAAAAACCAGAAGAAAUAGUUGAAGAAGAAGAAGAAAUAAUUGAAAUUAUUGAAACUCCAAUGCAAAAGAUUAUUAAAAAGAAACCAAAAGAUAAAAAGAAGAAAAUAGUGGAAGAAGUUAUACAAAAAACAGUAGAAGAAGCAAAGGCAAUGGAGGAAUGUGAAAUUGUGGAAAUCAUUGAAACACCGACAAAAAAAAUAAUCAAGAAGAAGAAAGCGAUUUUCACAGAAGGAAAAACUCCUGAAGAGGAACUUGAAGAAAUCGUUAUUGAAAAACCUGUUAAAGAAAAAAUCCAAAAGGAUGUCAUACCUCAAGAAGGCAUAGAAAUCACUGAAAUUAUUACUGAAACUUCUGUCGAACAACUGUUACCUGAAAAGAAAUUUAAACCAGAAAAGAGCAAGCCCAAGCCUUCAGAAGAGGAAGAAGAAAAGACAGAGAUGACGCAGAUAGAAAUGAAAAGAGUUCCAAAGAAAAAAGAAAAACCAAUUGCAACGAUUGAAACAGAAGAUAAAGAAGAGAUUAUAGAAGAAAUAAAACCUGAAGUGAAAAAAGAAAAAGCUAAACCAACUGAGAAAGAGAGCGUUGAGAUAACUGAAAUGAUUUCGGAAGUAAUAACAGAAAAACUUCCUGAAGAAGUUAAACUUAUGAAAAAGAAAGCUACUAAAAUUAAGAAAACGGAAGAAAAAGUCCCAAAGAAGGAAGUAAAAGUAAAGAAAGCACCGAAAGAAGCUAUGCCUCAAACAGAAGAAGAGCCAGAAGAAGUACAAGAAUUAAUUACAGAAAAACCAAAGAAAACUGAAGCAAAAAAAGAAGUCACGUCUCAAGAGAGUAUCAUAAUUACCGAAGUCAUUCCUACAACUGCAGAAAAAGCAUUAGAAGUAAAAAAACCGGAAGAAGAUAAAGCUGUAAUCAAAGAAAAGAAAGAAAAAGUAGAAGAGAAGAAAGUAACUGUGAAAAAGGCCCCUAAAAAGAAAUUUAUACCAACGGAUACUGAAGAGGAACAAAUAGAAGAAAUAAUAGAAGAGAUAACACCAGAAGAACUGAAAAAGAAAAAAGCUAAAGAAACUAUCCUUCCUAAGGAAGAGAUACAGAUAACCGAAAUGAUUCCUGAAGUUAAAACAGAAGAGAUAAAAGAGAAAAAAUCAAAAGAAGAAAAAGCUGUUCCCAAAGAAGAAGAAAAAGUGGAAGAAGAGGCAAAGAUUACUGAAGUUUCCAUAAAGAAAGUACUCAAAGAAAAGGAAAAGAAAGAAAUUGUAACGAACGGUGAGAUUGGAGAAAAACCGAAAGAAAUUCCUGAAGAAAAACUUGAAUUAAAAGAAGAGGCAGAAAAACUCAAAAAAGAGAAACCAAAAGAAAUAAAACCAGAAGAAAAGAAAGCAAAGGAAGAGAAAUUAAAAAAGAAAAAAAUACCAGAAAAGAAACCUAUCGUUGUGAAAGAAGAACAGUUCGAAGAAAGAAUAGAAGAAAUAGUAGAAGAAAAGCCAAAGAAAAUCGAGCCCAAGAAAGAAAUUAUAUCAAAGGAAACUAUAGAAACUAUUGAAAUUAUUUCAGAAAUUGUUGCCGAAGAAUUAUCAACGAAAAAACCUGAUGAACAUAAAGCAAUAUCUAUCGAAGAAAAAUCAGAUGAAAAAAUUACAGUUGAAGAAGUCUCAAUAGAAAAAGCUCUAGAAAAGAAAGAGAAAAAAAUACCAGAAGAGAAAUCGAUCGAAGAAAUUCCUGAGAAACCAAAGGAAAUAAAGAAGAAGAAGAAAAAGAAAAUAGUUAAGAAAGAUGAUAUCGAAGAAUGGAUAGAACCAGAAUAUGAACGACCUGUACUGGAACCUAUGCCUGAGAAGAUACAAUGGGAACCAAAGAAGAAAGUAAAAAAAUCUUUACCAGAAUCCUUGCAGAAACUGAUACCUCAGAAAAUCGAAAGAAAAGAGAUCAAACCUACGAAGUUAAAGUAUUCAGAACCUACAGAAACUGUUCAGUUUGCUGCAAUUAAAUUAAAGAAAGUAAUGAUUCCGAAAAAGAAGGAAAUUGAAGAACCCAAAUUUCCGAAAAUUAUGUUACGAAGCAGAAUUACAUUUGUCGGAGAUUAUCCACCUGAAAUACAAUAUCCAAAGAUAAGCGAACUGGAAGAAAAUCCAGUUCAAACGGGUAUUUUGUCUAGAAAUACUGAAGAAGCUCUUGAAAUUCUAAAGAGGAAAGUGAAGAAGAUUAAACUUCCCAAGAAAGAAGUCACAGAAUUAGAAAAAUUGGACCAAGAAUUCGAAGAAUUGAAAAAAGUUCCUUUGGAAAAAAUAGAGGACAAAUCGAUAUAUGAACGUCCACCAAAGAAACCUGCAGAAAAACCAGAAGAUUCACAAAAGUUAGUUAUUGGAAAAGGCAAGAUUCCAGAAGAAAAGAAAGCAGAAUCUGAAAUGAUGAAAUUAAAAAAGAUUCCUGAAAAGAAACCGGAAAAAAUUGAAGAACCAUUGAAGAAAUCAGUCAAACCAGAAUCUGAAAAGGAAGUUAAGCCAGGAAAGAAGGAAAAACCAAAGAUGAAAUUAGAACACGAAGAACUAAGACCAUUGGAGUUUGACAAACCAGAGCUCGAAAAAUAUGUGCCCGAAGAACGUGAGGAAUCAGAAAAACCGGCACCAGAACCAGUACCAAAAUCAUAUGAAAGAGAGAAAAAGAAAAAACCAGAUCAAGAAAUAGAACAAAUUCUUUUGAUAAAAGGAGAACCUAAACCACCAGAACCAGAUAAAGAACCGGAAGUUAAGUUUAGAAUACCUCAGAAAGAAAAACCAGAGAAAGAACCGGAAAAAGUAACGUUAAAAGGAUGGAAGAAAGAUAAACCUGAAGAUGAAGGCAUCAAAGAGUUUCCAGCGAAGGAAGAAGAAGAAGAAACUCCUACGGCACCUAAAGAAGAAGCAGAAGAGAUCAUUCUGAAGCGCAAAGUAAAACUAAAGAAACCUAAAGAAAAAGAGGAAGAGGUAACGUUCAAGAAACCAGAAGAAAAGAUAGCUGAGGAAAUAAUUGAAGAAAUAAAGAAACCUAAGGCAAAGAAGCCCGUGAAGGAAAAAGAUAUUGAUGAAAUCACUAUAAAAAAAUCUAUCGUGGAGGAAAAGAAUGAAGAGGAAAUUCCUGAACAAAUAAUACUUAAGAAAAAGAAACCAAAAGAAAAACCAGUUUCAGAAGAAAUAAAAGAAGAAAUUACAUUAAAAAAAUUAAAAGAGAAAGUGUCUGAAGAUGUAAUACAACAGAUAGAAAUCAAGAAACCUAAAGAAAAAAAAUCAGUUGAGGAAGAAGCAGCUGGUGAGAUCACCAUUAAAAAGUCAGUUCCUGUAGAAAACAAAGAAAAAGAAAUCCUAGAAGAAGUGACUUUAGAGAAAAAGAAAGGAACAGUUUUAGAAGAAGUGAACGAAGAGCUUAUAUUGAAAAAACCAAUUCCAAAAGAAAAAGUACCGGAAGAAAUAACCGAACAAGUAGAGAUAAAGAAACCACAAAAGAAAAAACCUGCAGUAAAAGAGGCAGUUGAUGAAAUCACUAUCAAGAAACCUAUACCUGUAGAAAAAGAAGAAGAAGAGAUUAUAGAGGAAGUUACAUUAAAGAAAAAGAAACCUAAAGAGAAACCAGUUCUAGAAGAAAUGAAGGAAGAGAUUAUAUUGAAAAAACCAGUAGCAAAAGAAACAGUACCCGAAGAAGUAACCGAACAAGUAGAGAUAAAGAAACCACAAAAGAAAAAACCUGCAGAGGCAGCUGAUGAAAUCACUAUCAAGAAACCUGUACCUGUAAAAAAAGAAGAAGAAGAGAUUAUAGAGGAAGUUACAUUAAAGAAAAAGAAACCUAAAGAGAAACCAGUUCUAGAAGAAGUGAAGGAAGAGAUUACAUUGAAAAAACCAAUAGCAAAAGAAACACCCGAAGAAGUAAGCGAACAAGUAGAGAUAAAGAAACCGAAGAAGAAAAAACCUGUAGAAGAAGAGGCAGCUGAUGAAGUUACUAUCAAAAAACCUGUACCUGUAGAAAAAGAAGAAGAAGAGAUUAUAGAAGAAGUCACAUUAAAGAAAAAGAAACCUAAAGAGAAACCAGUUCUAGAAGAAAUGAAGGAAGAGAUUAUAUUGAAAAAACCAGUAGCAAAAGAAACAGUACCCGAAGAAGUAACCGAACAAGUAGAGAUAAAGAAACCACAAAAGAAAAAACCUGCAGAAAAAGAGGCAGCUGAUGAAAUCACUAUCAAGAAACCUGUACCUGUAGAAAAAGAAGAAGAAGAGAUUAUAGAGGAAGUUACAUUAAAGAAAAAGAAACCUAAAGAGAAACCAGUUCUAGAAGAAGUGAAGGAAGAGAUUACAUUGAAAAAACCAGUAGCAAAAGAAAAAGUACCGGAAGAAGUAAGCGAACAAGUAGAGAUAAAGAAACCGAAAAAGAAAAAACCUGUAGAAGAAGAGGCAGCUGAUGAAGUUACUAUUAAAAAACCUGUACUUAUAGAAAAAGAAGAAGAAGAGAUUAUAGAGGAAGUUACAUUAAAGAAAAAGAAACCUAAAGAGAAACCAGUUUCUGAAGAAAUAGCUGAGGAAGUUACACUAAAAAAACCAAUUCCAAAAGAAGAAGAAAAAGAAAUAAUCGAAAAAGUUGAAAAGAAACCAAAAAAGAAAUCAGUACAAGAAGAGGUUUCCGAUGAAGUGACUAUUAAAAAGCCAAUUUCUGUAGAGAAGGAAGAAGAAGAAAUAAUAGAAAAAGUGACAUUGAAGAAAAAGAAACCGAAAGAGAAACCGGUUUCAGAAGAAGUAACGGAAGAACUUACACUUAAAAAACCAAAAGGAGAAGAAAAAAUACCUGAAGGAGUAACCGAAAAAAUAGAAAUGAAAAAACCUAAGAAGAAAAAGCCGACAGUAGAAGAAGCUGCCGAUAAAGUAACGAUCAAAAAAAUCGUUGAAGAAGAAAAGAAAGAAGAGGAAGUUCCUCAGGAGAUUGUACUAAGACCAAAAUCGAAGAGGAAAUCAAUCGUAGAAGAAGAAGAAGAAAUCACUGAAGUAACCAUCACAAAACCAAAACCGGUCGAAGAAGAAAAGAAAUCAGAAGAAGUUGAAGUAUCUCUGAAAAAGAAGCCAAAGAAGAAACCAGUUGUUGAGGAAGAAGCUGCCGAUGUAACUAUCAAAAAGUUUAUUUCUACAGAGGCUGAAGAAGUGCCCGAAGAAUUUACCAUCAAGAAAAAAAAGAAAUCAGAAAAGAAACCGAUGAUCCCAGAAGAGGUCGAAGAAACUGCCGUGACCAUAAAAAAACUUCGUAGUCCCAAGGAACCAAAAGAAGAAGAAAAAGUAUCAACUGAAAUACAAAUAAAGAAGAAGAAACCUGAAAUCAAAGAGGAAGCGACUGAAGAACUAACUAUUAAAAAGUUCGAAGAAAUGAAACAACCUGAAGAAGAAGAAGAGGUACAAGAAUUCACCGUGAAACGAAAACCUCCGAAACAGCCUCCUAAGCCGAUCGAAGAGAUUUACGAAGAUGUUACUCUUCGAAAAUUACGUCCAAAGAGAAAACCAAGGCCAGAUAUUAAUGAAGUGACUGAAGUAGAAAACGUAACGUUCCGACCACGGUCCACAAAGACCAAAGAAGAUGUAGAACAAGAAUUCAAAAUUUCAUUGAACACCUAUGAGGAAGAAGAUAUUUCGAUGUCCGGUAAAGUUCGAUUGAAGCCCAAGAAACGGCCAAUGACAUAUUCUGAAGAGGCUGGAGAAGAAACGAUCAAGAUAAUACAGGAAAUCGAAGAUGAUUCCGGGCCUAUCAUAGAAGAAAUCAUAGAAUCGGAUGAAGAGGCCAAAGAUCAGUACAGUAUCGAGGAAUUGGAAACUGACGAAAUGAAGCUUCCACUCAGAAAGAGGAAGAAGAAGGUACCUAAACCAUAUAAAGUGGAAGAUGUCGAGGAAGGUGACGUGAAACUGAAAUUGAAACAUGAAAGAAAAUACUCCAUAGAGGAAAUUGACGAAACAUUGGCGUUGAAGUUAAAGGCCAAAAGACGCGUAUCCACUUAUGAAGAAGAAGAGGCAUCGCUUAGUAUCACCAGAGAAGAAGAUAUUUCAGAGGGAGAAGAAAUCGAAUAUGUUGUACGCGAUGGCGAUACAAUGUUCUCGAUUUGCUCGUAUGUGGCAGAAACCGACGAAGCCAUUAACCUCGUUGAAGGAGAAAGAGUUUACAUUAUCGACCAUACGAAUCAGGAUUGGUGGUUCGUGAAAAAACAUUUGACAGAAGAAAAAGGUUGGGUUCCAGCGCAAUAUCUUCUCAACGAAGUCCAUUAUACUCAUUAUCUGCAACGCAAAUUACACGAGAAAAUUGACAAAUUACCUGUAUUUGAAAAACCUGGACCUGGAGAGAAAACAUCAGCACCAAGAUUCAUCGAAAAAUUGCAGCCAAUUCAUACACCAGAUGGUUAUACAGUUCAAUUCGAAUGUCAAGUGGAAGGAUUACCAAGGCCUCAGAUAACAUGGUUCCGACAAACUGCUAUCAUUAAACCGUCCGCUGAUUUCCAAAUGUACUACGAUGAUGAUAACGUAGCAACUCUGAUCAUCAGGGAAGUAUUCCCUGAAGAUGCUGGCACUUUCACCUGUGUUGCCAAAAACGCUGCUGGUUUUGCUUCUAGUACUACGGAAUUGAUCGUGGAAGCGCCUCUUUCUGAUCAUGGGUCAGAUCUGACUGGUCCAUCCAGAAAGAGUUUGUCUAGAGAAUCAUCGCUCGCCGAUAUUUUGGAAGGAAUACCACCGACGUUCUCUCGAAAACCAAAAGCAAAAUACGUCAACGAGGGUGAAGAUGUAAUAUUGGAAUGUCGAUUGGUAGCAGUACCAGAACCUGAAAUAACGUGGUACUAUAAGGAUACGCAGAUCACAACUAAAGAAAACAUCGUAGUUGCUACUGAAAGUGAUAUGCAUAUGUACUGCAGCGUGAUUAAAAUUACCAAAGUGCAAAAGAAGCAAGAAGGAAAGUACACCAUCGUCGCUAAGAAUAGGGAAGGUGAAGCUACCAUUGAGAUUCCUAUGAAGGUGAAGACUGAUAAACACGAACCACCAGAGAUUCUAGAACCAUUGCAAUCAUACGUAAUACGAGAAGGUGAAACCGUAGUAUUGUCGACACAAAUCGUAGGAAAUCCAGCUCCUAAAGUGACUUGGUAUAAGAAUGGUAAACCAUUGAAGGAUCUGAUCCCGAAACAAGAUGACCACGUGAAUACGUUAACGUUGAUUCAGCCCCAAGUAUCUGAUAGUGGAGAUUAUUCUGUCAUAGCUAUUAACGAUCUUGGCAAAGUUGAAACGAAAGCUACAUUGACAGUUGAAAUAAACUUGAAUCCUUCGCUGACCAUUAGCUUCCAACAACAUGCGUACGAACACUACACUUUAACCAAGGAGAUACCAAGCGGAGCACCAGAACCGCCACUUUUUACGGAACGAUUCCAAGAGCUUACUGUUCCCCAAAAAGGUACCUUCAAAUUAGUCGCGAAGGUUACUGGAAAUCCUGUACCAGAAGUCACGUGGUUAAGAAAUAAUAAACCUUUGGAAAAAUCGCCAAAUAUCAUUGAAACUUAUGACGGUGAAAACAUCGUGUUGGAGAUCAGGAACGCGGAUUCAGAAGUGGAUGCAGGAGAUUAUAAAUGCAUCGCUAGUAAUCCAGUUGGAAAAGCCUCUCAUGGUGCCAAGGUUACGGUGGAUGUGGAAAAAGUAACAUUCACGAAAACUCUGGAGAAGAAAAUGAUCGUCGACGAAUACAAGACCUUGGAAUUGAUCUGCGAAACAUCGCAUACGGUAUCGACAAAAUGGUGGCACAACGAUAAAGAGAUCAGUGGAAUGGAUCAUCGUGAAAUUGUUCAAGAAGGACGAGUGCACAAGUUGAUAAUCAAGAGAACUAGUCCUACUGAUGAAGGAACUUAUAAAUGCACUGUGAAGAAUCAAUCAACAUCCAGCAAAGUUACUGUAAAAGCUACCAAACCAGAAUUCGUGAAGAAGUUACAAGAUUGUGAAGUAAAAGAGCGUGAGAUCGCCAUUUUGGAAGUUGAGAUUACGUCGCAGACAGCGGACGUGAAAUGGUUCAAGGAUGGCGAAUCCUUGGGACCAAGUAAAGAAAAAUUAGAAUUCGUGAAAGAUGGCACCAUUAGAAAAUUACUAAUUAGAAGCACAUCUGUCCAUGAUGAAGGAGAAUACACGUGCACCCUUAUGGAUGAGAAAUGUACAGCAGAAGUCACUGUUAUUGAAUUACCACCAGAAAUCAUCACGAAGAUGCAAGACGUGACGAUAGCAAGAGGCGAGAGAGCGAUUUUCGAGAUAGAAUUGACAAAAGGAGACGCUUUGGUUCGAUGGUUCAAAGAUGGCCAAGAACUACAAUUUUCCGAACACGUACAACUGUCGAUAGAUGGCAAGAGGCAGAGAUUAAAGAUAUAUGACACGGAACCGGAAGACGCGGGUGUUUAUUCAUGCGAAGUCGGUCAACAAAAAUCAUCUGCCAAGUUGAUCGUGGAAGAACCAGGUGUGGACUUCAUCACUAGAUUACCAGAUGUCACACUUGUACCGUUGAAUGCAGAUGCCGUUUUCGUCAUUGAAAUAUCGCGAGAUGUUCCAGUUACAUGGAUGAGGAAAUCGGAAGUAAUUAAGGAAUCAUCAAAAUAUAGUAUCGUCGAUGAAGGCACAGUAAAGAAACUGAUAGUAAAAAAAUGUACUACUAAAGAUAUUUCAGAAUACACAGCUGCUGUAACAAAUGUGAAAACAUCAUCGAAAUUAAGAGUUGAAGUCAUUGAAGUGGCACCAAAAAUUAGUCCAGACACACCCAAGAAGUACAAGGUAAGAAAGGGUGAAGACCUUGAAAUAGUAGUGAAAUUCACCGCGACACCGAAACCAAACGAUGAAUGGACAGUGAAUGGUCAUGUGGUUACGAAAUCGAAACGUGUUGUGCCAUCGAUCGAUGAAGAAUCCGCGAUCUUAACUAUCAGAAAGAUUCAAGAAGAAGAUGUUGGUGAUUACAUUCUGAAACUAAUGAACAAUGUUGGAGAGGCUAGCAUAGAAAUCAAUGUCGUCAUCGUUCAGGUACCAAGUGCACCUGGUGCACCAGAACCACUGGAAAUAACUGAGAACAGUGUCACGCUUCACUGGAAGAAACCAGAUUCAAAUGGAAACUCGCCUAUUGUCGAGUAUAUUCUGGAGCACCAAGAAAAGACUGAAACUACGUGGACCAAAGUUGUAGAAACGAUAAAAGAAACAACUCAUAAAGUAACAAAAUUAACUACGAACAAAGAAUAUACCUUCCGUGUAACAGCUGCAAACGAAGCUGGACCAGGCGAAACAUCACCAACUUCUCCAUACAUAAAGAUAACAAAACCAUUGGUUGCAGAACCACCAAUUAUCUUAGAACCUUUGAAGAGUGUUGUCGUUGGCCUUGGAGAAACUGUCAGUUUAACUUGCGUCAUUGGUGGAAUACCAGCUCCUGAGAUUACUUGGUUAAGAAAUGGAGAAAUUUUCGAAGAUAUCAGUAUCACGUACGAAAACCGUGUGUCCAAGUAUACCAUCACGAGGACAACGGAAACUUCAUCGGCAAGCUUCACUGUGAAAGCAAAGAACGAUAUAGGAACAGCGGAGACAACGUGCGAGUUGAAGGUGCAAGAGCUGCCUAAGAUCACUUACGAUGAAACACUGGCAAGUCAAAAUCUUCCCGUGAACGGUCAAUGGAAGAUCGAGAUUCAGAUGAGCGGAUUCCCAAAACCAGAAGUAACAUGGUUGAAGAACAACAAGAAAAUAGUCGACAAUCGUGUGUCUAUUGAAACGGUGGAAAAUACAUCUACCAUCUCUAUUUCUUCGCUUAGCAGGGAAGAUAGCGCCACUUACACGGUGAAGGUUGUGAAUGAAGCUGGCAGCUCUUCAGUUGAAUUACACCUUAGAGUUAUAGAUAAGCCUAGCAAGCCUCAAGGACCAGUGGUCUUCAAAGAAAUCAGACAAGAUCGUGUCACUAUCGAAUGGCGACCACCGGAAGACGAUGGUGGAAUCGAACUCGAGAAGUACACGAUCGAGAAAUAUGAACCUGGCAAGACUUGGACGAAGGUGGUCGAUAUUGAUAAAGAAGUAGAAAGUUUCUGCGUGCACAAAUUGCAACAGAAUGCCGAGUAUAAGUUCAGAAUCAUCGCUAGGAACGCUGUUGGAGCCUCUGAACCUCUGGAAUCGGAAACGGUCAAGAUGAGGACUUCCUUCGAACCACCUGGACCACCAAGAGGACCUCUGGAAGUAUCAGGAAUGACGAAAACAUCGUUCACGAUAAAAUGGCAGCCUCCAGAAAAUGAUGGAGGAACACCAAUAACAGAAUACAUCAUCGAGAUUAAAGAAGAAUCGAAGAAAGCUUGGCAAAAAAUCGGCAGCACAAAGCACGAAACGACACAAUUCGGCGUAUCGAAUCUAAAGACAGAUGUGCCAUACAACUUUAGGAUAACAGCUAAGAACAGCGUUGGUACUGGUCCUCCUUACGUGGCUGAAGAACCAAUUGCACCAGGCAGACGAAUCAAAAUAACAAAAAUGACCGAAAGCACUAUGUACGCUCUGCUUGGUAUAUUUCCGCCGACGAAAAUAAUUAUCAGCAAAACACCACCAUCGAGUCCGCAACAUGUACAAGUGAUAAAUGUUACCAGCAAGAGCGUAACGCUCAGUUGGUCUCCACCAGCCAGCAAUGGAGGAACAGAACUCACAGGUUACAUAAUCGAAAAGAGGCCAUUGAUUGGAAAAGGAGCGAGAUGGACAAAAGUUGUCACUCUGGAUGCUACCACACUUCAAUAUUGUAUAGAGAAUUUGAAAGAGAGCGAAUUUAUCUUCAGAAUCUUCGCUGAGAACAACAUGGGACUCAGCUUACCUACAAACUCAGAACCAGUUACCUUGAUGACACAUGCCAAUGUUCCAUCACCACCAACUGCACCAUUAGAAAUCAGGCAGAUUGCAGCAAACACAGUCGUUAUUUCAUGGGGCAGGCCGGAAUCAGAUGGCGGUGCGCCAUUAGAAAGUUACAAAAUUGCUAUUAGGGAUGCAAAAAAGACUAUGUGGAUGGAAGUAGGCAGAGUGAACGCAGAUACACAGAAAUUAAAUAUCAGAGAUCUUCAGGAGAAUCACAUGUAUCUGAUCAGGAUCUUUGCCAAAAACGAAGUCGGUCUCAGUGAUCCUCUAGAGUCUGAUGAACCUGUUAAAAUCAUACCAGUUUCCGAAUUAGCCGUAGUGGAGCCAAUCGCAGAAAUGACCGAAAAGGGUGAAACCGCAUCGGUCAGUUUCAGUACAGAGAACACGAGUUCUUGGUUACGUGAGCAUAACAUGGACGCCGACAUCCAUUCGUACGCGAGAGCAAGACUUCUUAGACAAGACGAGUACUUCUUCCGCAUUUGGCAUUAUGCUAAGAAACUUUUCGAAUAAGCAUUUUUACGAUUACGGCGUGAAAAACUAAGAACGAAAUUCACAUUCUUUCUUCGUUUUAUCGAGGACCAUAUAAUUUAACGCGUUAGCGAGAUAAAGAAAACGAAACAAUAAUGGACAGAUUUUUUUUAUUAAUUUAAUGCGUUUUUCGAGAUAUUUCGUUUCUCUUCUCUUCUAUUUUUUUUUUCUUCAACGAAAUUUGAGAGAAUCAUAUUUCUAUAAAAAUCGAAAAUUAUUUUCCUCUUUAACGAAACUUUUUGUUGUAGCGUCAGAUAUUUUCGACGUUUGAUCUCUCGCGUGAACACCGUAUAUACGUAUAAUAUACGAAAGAUUAAUGACAUUGUUACAUCGUUCCUCUUUUAGAAUCACGCGUAUAGAGACUAGAUUUAUUUUAAGGAUCACUAUUGGAUGGGUGUAGAAUCUAGUCAGCAUAGAAUAAUGAUAUUAUUAUUAUUAUUAUUUUCUUUCUCAUCUUUUAACGGACCAAGACUUCCUCACGCAUACUUGGAAUCAAACACAAAUGGAAGAAUUAUUUCUUCCGAUUCACGAAAUAAUCGCCAUGAUUUAAUAACCAUGUAACUGAAAAUUCGUAAGUCAAAAAAAAAAAUUAAGAAACUUUAUCGAUAAUUUUCAUGAUAUCUAAGUAAGCAUUUUUAAUUAAUUAAUUUAAAUUUCGUUAAAUAUAAUCAUUAUUUAAAAUUAAUUAGUUUUAAAUUAAAUUUAUAAUAAAUAAUAUCAGUCGAUAUCAUGAACAUUCAGUAUAACGUUUCUUCUUUUUUUUUUUUUGAAUUAUUAAAGAUGGUAAAAUAUUAAAAUUUUAUCUUUCAAUCACGCAAAUCAAACGAACGAAUUUUCAGUCGCAUCGAAUUGUAUUUAAAAAAAGAAUAUCCUGAUUUCCUCGAGAUAUUCCUUUCGGUAAACGAGAAGCUCUAUUAUCAAUCAUUCGACGAGAAAAUUUUAAACUUCUCCGAGACUCGAUUCGUCGGUGAAUGUGAUAAACGAUCAGAAUCAAUCGAGUACCAUAUGUAAAGAAGCGAUUUAGAGUGAUUAAGGAUUAAUUGAACAACCCUUUCUCUACCAAUCCUUUAUUAUCCCUUUCGUUACCCUAUCUACCACCUUUUCUAUUUAUAUCAUGAAUACGAACGGAAAGAAACGUUCGUUUACUCCUACCCGAGUUUGCGAGGAUUACUUUUAGGAUUAUUUAUUCGUAAAUGUAUAAUAUUAUGUUUAAUUGUUACACGUUACCAUUACCGUUAUUAAUUAAUUAAAAUCGUUCGUUAAUGUGAUCGGCAUCAUUGCUGAUGCUCGUACGACUGGUUAUUUGAAGAGACUAGAGAAAACGAGGGAAUGCCACGCGUGGUUGGUGUCGCGAGACGUAACAAAAUAUAGGUGCAAGAACAACAACAACGUUCACCAACUGCGUGUCGCAUACUUCAUUAUAUUGUAAGAAAUCAAUUUUUUUGCGAAUUAAAUUAUUGCAAACGGUA